GCCCGAGAGGCGGGAGCGCGCUGAGGGAAAGCUGCAGUCGGCGGCGGCCAUCUUCUUUCAGGAACCGGCUGAUUUCCACCGCGCCCCCCCCACCUAUACCCCCUCCUCCCCCUCCGCUGCAAAUGAGGCAGCCCCAAGCGAGACCCCUUGCCACUCACUGAGCCGGUGCCGGUGCCGGGGGCGGGGAGCCGGAGGCACACGGAGAGACACCCACACAGGAUAAUUUGGAAGUGGGGCGGGGGAAUCUCCCUUCCUGGCCGGCCGGGGUGCGGAAGGGGCUGAGGGAGGAGGGGGCGCCUCAGCCCUUGGCACUAGGAGCCCUGCGUCGGGAGUGGGCGGGUGGGCGUGAGGCUGGGGGCUUCCUCUCGGGGUCGGGCGCCCCUUCCCCGGUCCCCACCCCCCGCUGGCUCUUUCUGCCCUGCCAAGGUGCUGCUGCUGCUGCUGCUGAGGAGGCGGAGGCUGCUCUCUCUCUCCCCCUCUGGAUGGGAGGAUAAGCUGUAACCAUGUUCAGCUUCGAAGGGGAGUUCAAAACCAGGCCCAAGGUGUCUCUUGGAGGAGCCAGUAAGAAGGUAAGCGACCCCCACCCCACCCACAGUGCCUGCGCUGCCCGUCUCGGGGUCUCUAGGUGUUUUUUGUCUCCGUCCGCCCCGUUUCCCAGCCUGCGUGCAGAUUCCGGUGGGGCCCCGCGAAGCAGGCGUGACUAAGGUUAAAUCUGAGCAACCCCUUGUGUCUAGUGUUUUCUCACCUUUCCUAAUAAUAAUCAUCAUAAUAAUGAUUUUUAUUAUUCCCCCACCCCAAGACCAGGGGCCUCUCUCAGACCUGCGGGUGCAGCUCAGCACCAGUGUGCCCUGGGUUGGUUUUUGUUGUUAGGAGGAAAAGGCGCCUGGAGAGUCAUUUGUGUCGCCCCGGCUUUGGUCUUUCCCGGAGAGGGUUUCCUUCAAGGCCGAGGGUUUUGAAAAGAGAAACUUGAGAUGCUUUGGUUGCGAAAUAGCCAGCGAAAAGGCAGAGGCGUGAUUGGAAGGGGGGGGGAAGGUAAGGGGUCACCGUCCCAUUUGUGAAACUCUUGUGAUACAUCAGCUCUUGCAAGUGUCUCCUUCUCAGGUCCCUGGGCACCCAGUUGGGUGAAACGUAAUUGUGGGAGGGGAGAGCUAGGGGGCAGCGGAUAGGCCUCACUCUUGUGUUGGGGGGAGAGUAUAAUAAUUUAGUCUGUAAUCCUAACACUGUUUACCUGGGUGUGAUUGAAUUGAGUAGGCAUGGUUAGGGUUCCACUGUUAAAUUCCCACAUUGCACUCCUGAACUGUACAGGAGUCUGCGAAACAUACUGAUUCUCAACACUGCCCUUUUAAUACAUGAUUUGAGGAAAAGCGCACUCCAGGUUUCUGAAGUAGAUAGGACAGCAGGGAAUGCAUUCCUUCACUUUGGCCUAGGUUUUUCUUUUCUUUUUUCUUUUUCUUAUCAGCACUCUCUUACUUAAUUCGUAGGCCUCUCCUAGUGCUGAUAAAGCGCAUAGGGGCCCACUAAAAAUGUCCAUGCACAAUAUGGCAUCUAUGUAUAGCUUUCCGUUUUUUAUUUAAAAUAAGUAUCUGUAAUCUAAAUAGUGUGUGCUUUUUAAGUAUUUAAGUAUUGAGAUGGCACAAACUGAAACCUGGCCUGGUUUCAAAACUGUCUUGUGUCUUUUAGUGGUUUAGAGACUAUUUAUGCAAGUCAUUGGUUCUUAACAUAAGUUUCCUGCCUGCAAUGGGAGUAAUAAUGCUUAUCUCAUAGGAUUGCUAUGCAAAGGAACAGGUUUACCCACAAAUGCAGUCAUUUUGCAUUUGCUUUAGCUAACUAUAACGGCCUGUAUGUUUAAAUGUACCCAUCAUUCAGAAUUGAGGCAGACCUAAAAGCAACAGCUGGUCAGUCUGGUUUGAAGCUAUUCAGGUAACAAAUACAAGAUCUCACGAAGCUUGUGAAGCAGUUUGCAUACUGAAAGUACUGUGUCAGUUAUUAAUGAAAACAUGCUUUAUUUGGAUUCUUGAUUUUUAUUUUUAAUUCUGAAAUUUAAAAUACUUCUCAUGAAUUGUAUGAGAUGGGGCCUUUAAAUGAUAUAUUGUGCCAUAAAGAAAUACACAGCACACCCUUUUCUGUGCGGUGUUACCUAGGCCAUAUUUUCAUGAAUCAGAUGCACAUCAGAAGUAUAUUAGGUAUGUGUAGCUAUUCAUCUGAAUUAUUGAGGAAUGAUCUACUGACACAUUUCUGAUGGCUAGAAGCCAUUUACGUUCAUUAAAUCACAUGUGCGAUACUGUUUUCUGCACUGAAGAAAGAAUAAGUCUUGAUAUGCAAAGAUGGCAAUUGGCAGGGUAUGUCCUAUUCUUCAGGAAUGUAUCUUAGGUGCUUUACAUCUUUUGUCAUCAAAUUAUGAACACUAAUAGUACCACUUAAAGAUUGUGCUGCUUUGCUCAAAAGUUGGGCAGGAAUAAUAUAUUCUCGCUAUGAUUUUUAAACCUCUGUUGAAUUUUAAACAACAACUAAGGGUUAGGCUGUUUGUGUAAUAAUAUUGAGUGUGAUUUAUUAAGACUUAGAUCAGGGAUAGCUGAUCUGCAGCCCUUAUUUCUACACUGACCCAAUAGUUUGGUAAUAUGUAAAAUAAUUGCAGAAAAAAAUAAAAACCCUGUUCUGCUGUGGCGCUGAAAUAUUUCUGCCUUAAUUUAUCCUGUGAAGACACCUCUUCUCCCUCUGGUGAAGCACCAUUGCAGGAAGGUUUCGGUAGACAGGAAACAGGAAUAAGCACUCUUUAGUGUUACACUGGACCAAAGUGUGCUGACAGUAGAAGAAACCAGUCAGUUUAUUGUCCUUAAAAUUAGAUCUGCCAGGAGAAAGAAUGUGACUUUGGAUUUCACAUGGAGUACUGGGGAAAACUGAGCUCUUGCGGAGGCUGAAACACUUGCCUUAGUUUGCAUUUAAGCUGAAAAUUUAUAGGGAUACAGCGUUAUUAUUACACUUAUAUACCACUUUUCUGCCAAGGUACCCAAUGUGGUUUACAGUUUUAAAGUACUAAAACAAAUGAAACAGAAUAUAAGGUUGGCCAGGGUGGGGAAACAGUCUUACUAGAGCAGGCCCUGAUUUCUUUGCCUUCCUCCCUUGGUGUCUUCCUCUUGGAUUAUUACCUAAAUCACUUGAAAGGCUCAUUGGUGAACUUGUAGCACACUUUCCCUUCCUUUAUUAUCUUGUCUCUUUCAGUUUUCCCCAUCCCCUGUAAAAUUGAUCCCACUCCCAUCCCCACAGACUGCCUCCCAUAAAUUGGUUUAUUCAGUGGAAGCUUUCUGUAAGAAUUGCCAUGUAAACAUGAGGCCCAUUCCCUCACCUCUGCUGUGACCCCCUCGAUCCAGGUAGUGGUGGUGGGGACAGCUAAAGUGGGCCAUGGUAGAGCUUUAUAAAAUGAUGCAGAAAAUGGAUAGACCUUCCCCCCCCGCUCCCCCCCCUGCACUCAUAACACUGGAACACGGGGUCACCCAUUGAAAUUGAUCCGCAGUAGAUUCAGGACAGAAAAAAGGAAGCACUUCUUCCCACAACACAUAAUUUAUGGAACUUGCUGUCACAGGAUGCAGUGAUGGCCGUGGCUUUAAAAUGGAAUUGGACAAAUUCAUGGAGAAAAGGUCUAUCAAUGACUAUUAGCAAUGGCAGCUAAAUGGAAAUUCCAUGUUCAGAAAUGGUAUGCAGCUGAAUAACAGUUGCUGGAAGGAGACUGUAUGAGAGGGCUGUUGCCUUCAUGCCCUGCUUGUGGUCUUCCCGGAAGCGUCUGGUGUGGUGUAAAUAGGGUACUGGGCUAGAUGAACCUUUGUUCUGAUUCAGCAGGUUAUCCACACAGUCAUCCUGGAAUAUGUGCUUGACAGAUAAUUCUGUUGAAAGCAGCAGAAUAUACCUUCAGAGAAAUGCAUUUGAGAUAAGGGUUUUCCCCAAGGAUUUAGGAAUGUGAUGGAUGCUUUAGUGCUGGGUCUAAUGCUUACAUACUACUUAGAGGCAGCUUCCGUUGCUUUAAUGGUUUUGUCCAUUUGAAACACCUUGGCAUUGACUUCUUCACUAGAGCUGUGUGUGAAUGGCGUGAAGGGAGAAGCAAGGGAGCCCAGGCUUUUAUCCUCCGCUCCAGUUUGGCCUGAGAAAGUCACUUUACGUUUUAUUUAAUGUAUUUGUUCUAAAAUAUUUUUAAAAUUGUGAACCACCUCAGGUUACUAAGCAGAAAGGAGGCAUAUAAAUUUAAUAAAUAACACACAUUGGUAAGUUGCAUGUCUGAUAACUCGGCUAUACAGUGGCACCUUGGUUCCCAAACGGCUUAGUUGUCAAACAAAUCGACUCCUGAACGCCACAAACCCGGAAGUAGGUGUUCCGGUUUGCGAACGUUUUUCAGAAGCCGAACAUCUGACGCAGCUUCCGUUUGAGUGCAGGAAGCUCCUGCAGCCAAUCGGAAGCCGCGCCUUGGUUUUCGAAUGGUUUCAGGAGUCGAACGGACUCCCAGAACGGAUAAAGUUUGAGAACCAAGGUACCACUGUAUAGGGAGAUCUUGAGUUUGGAUCCUCAUCUGAAGUUUGAAAUCUAUUGGGUUGACUCAGCAUUAGUAAUGAGGAUGUAAAUCUGUGUGGUUUAUUGGCCUUUUUGAUUGGUUAUUGUUAGGCCUGUUGUUUUCACUUUAAAAAUACUAAUAAUCGACUUUGUAAAAGCCAGUGAAAUUUACUCAGCUUCCUUCCCAGUGCCCUAAGUUUUGAAUGUGGAAACAAAGAAAAAGAAGGAUGCAUGGAUAAAGAAGGAUGCAUUUUGUAAUGAAAGUAACUUUGAAAAGCAAAACUAGUUAUAAUUGCACCUGGCUUUUAAAAUGCAACUUCAUUUAUGAAUCUCUUCACCAAAUUAGGCUUAUUUGCUAUUGCAAAUGUUUAGUUCUGCUUUGUGUAAGCAAUAGAGAAAUAUCUUAAGUGUGUAGGCUUCACCACUUCUUUUCUGAUAUUACUUUAUCAAAUUAUAAAACCAAAUAAGGCAAUAUUGUUAAACAGUUUUUCUACUGUAACUUUCCUUUUAAAAUUGCUUUGACUUAAUUCCUUAAUUACAUUAUAGUUCCCUAAAUACAUUCUAUCAUGGUGCUCAAAUGCAUGAAAUACUUUCAUAUUCACUUUUAUUUUAGCACCUUCUCUGACAUUGGGCUGUGGGUGGAUAUUGUUUGGAGAAGAUCAGUAUUUAUUUAGAUAUUGAUAUUUAUAUUUAUGCAGUUUAAUUGAAUGAACAGUGUGUGGCUGAAAACUUUUUUUGAGACUUUGUUGGGAAAAUCAGAAAUUGUAAUGGAUGUUCGUUCAUUCAUUCAUUACUGUUAACUGGCUGUGUCAGUUGAAUCCACUGCAGUUUUAAAUUGUGUUAAUUACUGUAGUCUAGUUUAAGCAAAAUAAAGAAAUAAUCAUGCUCAUAUUUGUGAUGGAGACCGUUCGGUAGAAUGACUUUAGGCUGAUUUGUUGUGUGUCAUUGAUUGUGUUGUAUCUAAGCACAUAAAGGAGGAAGAUGUUACUUUUCUGCAAAAUAUUUUGGAAAGAUGAUGUUUAUCUUUAUGCAAAACUUUAAAUGCAUUGUUUAGGUAGAAACAGAAUAUAAUUUAUCGUCUUUUCCAGGAGGAAAAAGCAUCUCUUUUGCAUCGCACACAGGAAGAGAGGCGGAAACGAGAGGUAUGAUACAAGUAAAGCCUUUUAAAAUAGCUUCCAGUUGAAAUAUUGUAUGAUGAAAAUGCUUAUGUUUGUAUUUAAAGCACUGAACAGCUGGACCCCAAGUAUCUGAGAGAAUACUUGCUGCCGUUCAGUGAGAUCCAUGGACAGUGCCCUCCUAGGGCUUCCUGUGCAGUGCUAGGUACAUAGGAUUGUGUGUAGGGGGUGCUGUUUAGUGGUGGCUCCAGAACGGUGGAAUUCCUUCCACAGUGAGAUUUGUCUGCCUUCUUCUUUUACUCUUAGGCAGUGCGGAUCAAGACACCCCUCUCUUGACAGGAUUUUGAAGGAGGGGUAGGGUGAAGAAUGUUUAGCUGAUUUGCUUUAUAGCUACCUCUUUUUUUGAAGCAUUGAUGACCAGUUGGAUGCUCUCUUUCGUCCCUUCUCUGUGUUGGAGUUAGGAACUGAUUUAGAUUAAAUUAGUAUUUUAUUUUAUUGUUUUGUCUUUUUUUAUAAGUGUAACCCUCCAUGGGGCCUACUGGCAAAGGAUGGUAUAUAAAACUCGUAAAUAAAUAAAAGAGCUUGGGUAUUGGCUUUUUAAAACCUCCUGUUUUCCUCAUUUUGUAGUUGCGGAAUUUUUGAAUGCUAAAUAGUAGGGCCCCGCCCUUACAUUGUUUUGCACCAAAUUUAAAUUUUGCUGGGAUAAUGUAUGCAAGCAUGGUACCUUAGAAUUGCUAACAUGAUCCUGACUCACUAGCAGAAAAACUAGUUGUAGGGCUGAUUCACACACUUGUUUGGCAGACUAGAGCAGUGUUUACUAUGCCAUUCUCCUUAGGGAUUUGUAUGAUAAUGUUUCCUGAUUAACCAUGGUUUACUGACAUAUGCAUAGGCAGGAAGGAGCUGCCUCUAGCUUUCAUCCUCCCCUCUUGGACUCCAACAAUUUGUCUUCCUGCUUCCUGUACAUCUAGGCUUGUUGUGUCACCUGAACCAGCCAGUUCUUCUCACUUUCAAAACAAGCAAACUUCAAGCAGUGGUUCCUGACAGUCUGUGUAGAGUUUGUUAACAAACCACUUUUCUUUAUCUGUAUGAUGCACCAAGCCUGCCUUUAAAGGAGAGUGGAGCUGAAAAUUGAUGGAGUCAUGCAGGAUGGGGAGGGAAAAGGGGGCGCCUCAGCCUGAGGCUCACUGCAGCUUCUUCCUUCUUGGCUGCAUAUUACUAAGCCGUGUUUCUAUGUGUUGUGUGAACUGGACUUCAGUGUCAUAGGCAGUCAUGUGAAACACUGCCUAUGUUUGAGACUGUACAUCCCAACCGUCAUUAUAAAGUUGAUUAACUACAACCAUAGAAAUUCUUUUGUCAGCUCCAAUGAACAGAUAAUUUGCCCGUUUCAUUAUUUGUAAGGCGCCGGUGCAGAAAAUGUGCAUAAGAAACAAGGCAACCUGUAUUUACAAGAAUAUAUUUUGUUAUGCUAAUGUACUUUUGAAGAUGUAGCAUAUAUCGGGAAGAAAACAUGACUCAGUCUAUUGAGAAUAAAAUCAGACACAGCUUUAAAAAAUGAGUAGUGAAAUUGCUGCAGUGACCUCAGGCUUCAAACAUUUGCAACUAUGGGUCACUAAUUGACAAUUAUGCAUUCUUGGAUGAAACCUAUGCCUAAUGAGGAGAAUAUAACUGUCUUGUGUUGUAAUUCAGCUGUGUGCUGUGGAAGAUCAGUUGCUGCUGCUGUUGAGAUUGCUGUUGAAUUUUCCUGUUUUCUUCCUGUUUUUUUAAAAAAACCAGUACAAGUUGAUCAGCAGGCUGCCCGUUUCCAGGGUCUGUCAUUUGAAUAUCCUUGGCUCACUUCUUGCCAAAGCUUUAUUCAUUCAAUUUCUUAUUUCUGUUCUAUCAUUCCUUCAUUUAUCGGUGCUGCCACAGUAGUGUAUAAAAAUCUGAAUUCCACCUCAAGUAAUCUACCCCCCCCCCAUUUAACUUGUAAUGCCGUAUUCUCAUUCCACCAACAUCUAUUAAACAGAUAUUUUAGUAGCUUCGGGUCAACAUUUUCUGUUUUGACAGCCAUGGGGUACAUAAGGAAUGCUGGGGCACAGUUGUACAUAGAUAUUGGAUAUGAGAUGCGAGGUUUAGUUUUUUAUUAGCUGGUGGGAAAAGCAAGGAGCUUUGUAGGGUGGUGAUGCUCUGGUCUCUAAACAAUGGACGACCUGCCCAAAUGGCAUUUGGCUUGAGUCUUCAGUAUAAAGGCUAGGAACUUAGUUUUUCAAAAAAAAUUAAAAUAAACUUUGUUUUAAAUUUGACAGAUUCGACAGGAAAUACAUUAUAUGGUAAAUUUGUUGGAUAUGCAUAUAAUAAAGAGAGCAGAAAAGCAUAUCAAUGGAAAAGCACAAUGUUCCUAAUGGGCAGCAAGAUAUUUGUGUUCCUUUCAGUCUGUCUUGUUUGGCUAUGGCUUGGUGUCGGGCAGCGUAAGCCCGUUAGGUGGAGAACCCAGACCUUCUCUACCACAAACUCCACUGCUCGUGUUCCUCUGAUACCGUUGAAGAGAGAGUUUUUUCUGUGAGGUUAUUCAGUGACUGCACAGGUGUUUUUCUUGUCAGUGCUUUGUUCUAUUAACUACAAUGCAGCAAAUUUUAUUUUGACCUUUGUCUUGUCUCCUUAGGAAGAAAGGAGAAGGCUGAAAAAUGCAAUAAUCAUCCAGUCCUUUGUUCGUGGGUACAGGGACAGAAAACACCAAGUAGGCAUUUUUUUUAUGAUUGAGUUUUCUUAUGUGCUUCUGAGUUUGCACAGUAACCACAGAAAGAUAUAUCUAACAGGAGUUAACACUGUCACUAUUUCAGCCUGCCUUCUAGUCACUACUAUCAGCGUGUGCAGAAACAAUGUAUGCUGAUAUGCUGUAGAAAACCCUCUGAUACUUACUACUUCCUCAAACCCACAAUGUAAUAGCCAUGUGGACAAGCUUGUACUGUACUGUAUGUUAGUCAUUCUCUCCCUCUAGUAUAAGACUCCUGUUCAGUGAUUCUCUGGACUGGGAUUAUUGGUUGCAGCCUUUGGGAAAACCAUAGUCUUAAAUUUAGUUUGGAACUCCAUUUAGAAGGACUUGUGAUGAAUAAGAGCACAGUAAAAAUGAACUAUAACCAGAAAUAUAAAAUAUCUAUUGUAUGGCUUUAAAGAACUCUGUGCUUUCUCCCAGGAACAUCUGUUUAUGCCCAGAGGUUUGCCAAAUACCUUCAUUUGACUGCAGCUCCUUGUGCUACAUAGGAAGCUCUGUAGCCUGACUUCUGGAAACAGGCCAGUGGGCAGGAGCAAACUCUACACAUAGCCCUUUCAAUCCUUGCCUGUGUAAAAGUGCAAUAAAAUUAUGAAAAUAUGAACAGUAGUUCUAAUCUGGAACAUUUAUUCAUAUGUCUAGUCGUAAUGUCUGUUGGGAAACUUGUUUAUUGUUAGUCUCAAUUAGAUGAAUAAUGCAGUAGAAGAUGAAUUCACACAAAAGUAAUUACUUCACAUUAAUUUUAUUCUUGGUUCAUUCUAGCUUUCAAAAUGAGUUCUAAUUCUGCUCUUAGUACAUAGGCAGUUCUGUUUCCAUAGGAUUUGAGGGAGUUGAUGUGUACAAAUGACAAUACUUGUACUGUACUGACUGAUUAUGCUUUUAAAAUUUCUGAAAAUGCUAUGACAUCACUUUGCAUUUUUGCACCUUUAUGUACAAGCCAAUUUAACCUCCACACUUGGCCUUGAGCAAGUGAUUGUUCCAACAAUGUACCUCGGGUUAUAAACAAAAAUCAAUGCUGAGGAAAUUAUAUGCAUAAAAUUGUUCAUUGGGGAAAGCUGCAGCUUCAAAUGAGUAUAUUGAAAUCUUGCCUGUGUUUCAUAAUGUUGACAAUACAGUACAUUAACUUAAAUUUUAUUCUUCAAUUUAAGUAUUCCAUUCAGAGGAGCGAAUUUGAUUACUGUGCUAAUCUAGCGCAAUCUGGAGGAAGUUUCUCCACUGCCAAUGGAGCAAAUCUGACUCUCUUAGUUCGCCAACUUCUGUUUUUCUAUAGGCAUAAUGAGGAUUCUAAACGUUUGGUAAGUACUCAAUGAGAGUGAUUCCAGUUUCUUGUGUGUUUUUAGUAAUUAUUUUUAAUUUAUUGGUUGUCAGUACUAAAUGAUCUGUUCAAAAGACAGUGAGGUUGAAUCUGGACAUUCAGAAAGUUACUUGUCCUUGCAGAGAGGGGGUGGCUUUCCCAUUCUUCCUCCUCUUCUGAUAGCCACCCCAAGAAAGGACUCCUCCUUCCCUCCCACAAGGUCAGGGUUUCACUAAGGCCGGUAUACCAUCUGCUGCAAAAGAAUGGUGCCACCUAAAAAAAUCCCCACUUGCUUAUCUGUGGGAAAACAUGCUUUCAGUUUUCAUUCUGAAGUGUGUGGAUCCAGCUAAAGUUUUGGAGAACAUUGCAACCUAAUAAACAUGCAGCUGCUGUCAUAAAGUCAGUGCUAUCUAACCUUAAGGGCUUUAUUUAUUUCAUAAAAUUAUGUAGCAGUUUAUAGUUAAUGGAAGAUGGCACAGGCUCAUUUGGCUGAGUAUGCAUGGGGGGGAUGGAUGGACGGACAAGACUUAGGAAUGUACCUGAGACUCAUAAGUUUCUCUCAAGAGUGCCUCUUCCACAUAAAAACCUUUCUGCAAUGCUCAUGAAGUAACAACAAAAUAAAAUGUAUAUGCAACACCCAGAAAUUAGUUUCUUCCCUUGGUACAUGUUGGUGUUUAAAUGAAAUAAAGCUGAAGUGUGGAAUCUUUGGGGGUGGGGGUCAGUGUGGUGAGGCCACAUCACUUUCCUUCUCUUAAAAGCAGUUGCAGGGCACUGUAUGUGUAUGGUUGUUAAUCCGUUCGCUUGUGCUAGUUCCUAAUGUGCUAGUUCCUGGAUUGUCCCUCUACACGCACUCUCCUACUCCACUGAAGCAGCUAUUAGCCAUAGAUGGUAAAGAUCAUUUGGUACCUUUGUUUUUUACCCUCCAUGGCUAUCAGUAGCUUGGGAAGGGGGAUUUAAUUUAGGGCCAGAGCAUAAUUUUGUGUGUGUGUGUGUGUGUGUGUGUGUUUAGGGAGCGUUAGCCUCUUCAUCCUCAAGAUACCUAUCCAAAUAGGGUGCCUUAGUGGCUGCUUUUACCAAAAAGAAAAAGAUGUUCAGCUAUCCUGUUGUACAUCUUGUUUGCCCCUCAAUUAUCUCUUAUUUCUGAAUACAGAUUUGUUUUUCUUAGGCAUAAAACAGGAGAAAAUAACAUGGUCUACUAUUCAAGCUCGGUGCAGACAGAUUUGGGACCACCUCGUUAUGGACAAACUAAUGUGCCACAUAAAGAUAGCUAACAACUUGCCCAAAAUUGGAAGCUUUGUUUACCAUUUCUUGCCUCUUCUUGGCAUACUUUGAUGACAUAUGACCAAACACAACACUAUCCUCCAAUUCCUAGAUGCUUUGGCCGUGCUGAUUUUUUUUAAAAAAUCCUGUUUUGGGGUAUUCUGCUUGGGGGCAGGUGGGGAUUAACAGUCUUACAUGAUGCUAAUGAAGAAUUAGAAAUAAAGGUCUGGGAGAGGAAAACAAUCUCAGCUUGGCACCAAGCAGACAUUAUGUUGGUCAUACGUUUCUAAGGAGAGUGUUCCAUAGCUAAGGCCAGGGGCAGGGCACAUCAUGGCGAAAGCCCUCUCAGCAUUUGAGAUUAGAAACACUUGAGGAAGGGCCUCCAUUGAUUCAUCUUGAGGUACAAGAGGUGUUCCUUUAGAUCAGGAGGAAUCUUUGGCCCUCCAGACUUUAGCUUCCAUCAGUCAUAUCCAGCAUGGCCAAGGUGCGGUAUGAAGAGAGAUAAAAAUCUGAAAACAUUUGGAGGCCACAGGUCCGCAUUCCUGCUUUAGAUGCUCGUGCAUGCUUUAUGUACAUGAACAGUCACAAAAAGCACCAGUGUUACUUUUUAGAGCAUUUUAACACUUGUAUCUGCGGAUGUCUUUUCCCCUCAUCUCCAGAUAUGGAUAUGUCAGAACUUGAUUAAGCAGAAUUCUCAGUUUGUGAAGCAGCUUGAUGGCCCUGAGAAACUUACAUGCCUGUUCCAGAUAAAAAGGCUGUUGGGCUUAUGUUGCAGGUAAAAACAAAUAAACUUAAUCAGCUCACUGCGGACUUAACCAUGUUCCUUAACUGAAUUAGCUCACUUAAGGCUACAAAUCUAUAUUAAAUAUGUUAAAUGGCCAUCUUGAGGUCUUUAGCCCCAGUUGGCUCUAUGGACAAGAGCACUUUACGUUUUCUUUUGAACUCUGAGGUCUGAAAUCUUUCUUCAUUGUUUGCAAGUUAGAACUGUAUUCCUUUUUCGCUUGAAGGGAGAAGCUAUACCAUUUGAGUGACAAGUUUUAUUUUUGUCAUAGAUUGCUGCAAAACUGCAAUGAUGACAGUCUGAAUGUUGCACUUCCUAUGAGGAUGCUUGAAGUAUUUUCAUCUGAGAAUACCUAUUUGCCUGUUUUACAAGAUGCUAACUAUGUAGCAUCAAUAAUUGAACAAAUCUUGCACUACGUGAUUCAAAAAGGUUCGUGUAAUGAUUGCUUUUCAAAAUUUUAUUGAACUUUGAAUAUGUAACAGCUGCCAGCUUUGUGAAUGAGCUACAUUUACAAUAAUACCCAACAAUUGUGAAUAUUGCAGUAAUAUUGAAAUGAAACAUAAUCUUAUGUCUUCGAAAAUGCUGUUUCUUAUUGAAAUAUUGUAAGUGUUAAUGCUUUGCAGAUGGUUGUAUAUGUUUUCAAAUGCUUCCUGAUGCUUUAUUCAGGUUUUUUUUUAAUGUGUGUGUUAUUUUUUACUCUUGUUAUUUUAACUUGUGAUAGCUUUAAUGUUCAUAUUGCCUUAUUGUUAGCUGCACUGAGAACAUUCAUCCUUAAGAAUAGCAUGUAAGUGUUUAAUGCAGAGUCCUUUUAACAUUCUUUUUUGUAAUUGUAAAACCAUGGACUGCUAGGCUCAAAUUCCAUAAUACUAUGAAACAGCAGAUUUAGCUGGUGUUUUGAAGAGCCAGUGCUUUGAAUUGGCACUAAUUUUUGGAUUUGAUUAACUAGAUGAUAUCACUUGCCAGUUUUUUUUCUAGUUUAUCAGCUAUGCUGCUAAAAUUAUAGUUACUAUAUUAAAGCACAUCUCACAAUGUGGUCUUUGGCCCAGAAAAGCUGGUACUUGGCAUCCUACAAGACUCUUAGUUGUGUUUGUGCAACCUUUGACAUGCCUCUGCCUCUGAAAUAUAUUUUAGUCAGUUGUAAAAUAAUUUUAUUGUUUAAAAAUAAAUGUAUGCCUUAAAAUGGGUACAAAUGCUUGAAUUCUUUUUCUUUCAGGAUACUACAGGUCUCUUUAUCUGCUAAUAAAUAACAAGCUUCCAUCAAGUAUUGAGUAUUCUGAUGUGUCUCGAGUUCCUAUUGCAAAAAUAUUGUUAGAGAAUGUUCUGAAACCAUUGCACUUUAAUUAUAGCUCCUGUCCAGAAAAUGCCAGGUAAGCAUAUUUAGUUGUGCAUUGGUAUGUAUUAGUUUAAUUUUUUCCCCUUACCAUGGCAAAGUACUAAUAGGUACUAAUGGAACAAAUGUGUAAAGCUUUGUGGAAUGACUAGAUCAUCUCUUUCUAGUCUUGAAACAGCCUCUUAUUACUGUUCUGCAGACUUGUUUAGCAAAAAUAAAUACAGUAACAAGAGGGUAGAAACAGAUUUAAUAAAAUGCACCUUGACAAUUACAAAGAAAAAAAUCCCAAUGGGUAAAAUAUAUUUCCAAACUUGAAUAUUUUAUUGUAUUGUCAAUGUAGUGGUGGAAAGGUAUGUUCACAUAUCCCAUAAAGAGAAUCCUUUCUUUACCUUCUGCAGGCAACAGAAUUUUGCUGCUUUUACAGAAGAAUUCCUGGCAGCACCUUUUACAGAUCAGAUAUUUCAUUUCAUCAUUCCAGCGCUUGCAGAUGUGAAGACCUGCUUUCCUUAUGAACUCUUUUUGAAUGCACUAUUGUUAACAGAAAGCAGGCGUUUGAGGAAAAGUGAGAGAGCUCCUUGGCUUUUCUACGUUGUUCUAACUGUUGGGGAAACAUAUUUAGGUAUGUAAAGCAUAUUUAAUCAGUUAAAGUAUCCAUUUGUUAUAUGCUGUCCCUGCAGUAGCUGGCUAGGUGCUUUACAGUUGCAAACAUUAUUAUUAUUACAACUAUUAUGCCUCUUCUACGACAGCCUGUCUUUCCUCCAAAGGCCUUAAGGCAGAUUACAUUGCGAUUCACUGCAUCGUUCACCUUAAGACCUUUGUGAGGUAUGUUAAACUGAGAGUUAAUUGACUGGUCUUUGGUCACAUUCCUACUUUCAACCUUGAACAUCCCAGUGAAAAUUUAGCAGGUUGACUUCAUACUGUUAUAAAAAUGCACGGUGAUCGUGAUAUUCGCAAUAGAAUAAAUACGUGGUUUUGGUUCAUUACUGAUCUCAGAAACCCAAUGCAUAAUUUAAUCAUUGUUUUUAGGUUCUCAUGUUUAAAUAUUGACAACAGUGAGGUCUUAAAAACUUAAGAAAGCCCAGAAUCUCAAGAUUUGAAAAAUCUGCACACCAUGUGGCCUAUGAACCAUAUAUAUAUUUUACUUAUCCCUAAAAUGUGCACAGUAUCAGCAGCGGGUGUGUUAAGUUUCUUACAAAGAGUCAUAAGUGAUCCCUGCUCAGUAUUUCUGUGUUCUUUAUUCUGUAUUUAAUCUUUUCCUCAAUAUAGGAUCUCUUUCAGAAGAAGGGCUGCUUGUGUACCUGCGAGUACUUCAGACAUUUCUUUCUCAGUUACCGGUCUCUGCGUCGGGUGCAGACUGCCAAGAUUCAACCAGUGACUCUGAAGAUGAAGAUGAAGGAAUUAGCAAGAUGACUUCCAUGCCUGUAGGUAUUAAAUGUCAGAAGAAAUUGCACACUCAAGCUUGGAGUAGGCUUCCUCUUCUGUAAUACUCCAUUCUUCUUUGGCUUUUGCAGCAAAAUAUAUUGGCAGUAGUUAACUUAUAUUUGGCUUGGAUCUAUUUACAUGUGGACAGUUUACAGUUUCCCUUGUAUUUUCUGUGUGGGGAAGCACAAAUGUUUAACGUUUUGUGUGUGUUUAACUUCGAAUAUUGUGUGCAGUGCCUCUCCCAACCCACCUCUUUUCCAGGUGUUUUGUUGCAGACUGCUUACAGUGGCUUUUUCAUGGCUAGGCAUGUCAAUUGCAGUCAAAUAGCACAUUACACAGGUGGCUGCAUAAUGUACUGUGAUUUAUCGUGGAAGAGAAUGGAAUUCUAAUGGGGGCAUAGAAUUUAAUGACUGUUCAGAGAGAUCAGUGAGGUGGUGUAUAAAAGCCUCACUGCUCUUUGUAUGCAUUUAUAAAUAGAAGCCUGAUUUGUCAAUUUCAGGUAGUAAAAAAUAUUAAAGUUGCUGGUAUUAGGCAUCACACAUUGCACUGGGACACAUGCUAGUAGUCACUCUUUUUUUACAACAGGCUUUAAACUAGUCGUUACUAUUUAGGUUUUUUUUUAAUAGAUGUUCAGAUUUGAGAAUUAAGUCAUUGUUAUGUUUCUUAUAUGCUUUUGGAAAACUGACCUUGAAAAUGCACAAAUGAAAAAUAACUCUGGUCUUUAAACACUAUCUUUAUUGGGUAUCUUGCUUGAAUAUAAUUUGUUAAUAAAGCCAAGGACACAAAGUGAAAUAACUAAAAAGUGAAGAUCUGGCAUAAGUUAACCAAGACUUGAAACCACAUUUCUGAAGAAUUUGAAUACUUGGAAAUUAGCUUUCAGUGGUUAACCAAAACAUUAGGUGAAACUUUGUAGAACAAGAGCCGCAAUACAGUGUGGAAAGUUCAAUAUUUUACUCUUUUAGGUCAGGGGUCCUCUGGCUCAUGGCCUCUUUGUUGGAAUCACACUAGAUUUUGCAUGGCUGCAGUGUGUGUGGAUGGGUGUGUGUGUGUGUGUGUGUGGAUGAAUUGAAUUAUGUGAAUGGGAUGUUGCGUGUGUGCCUGCCUUCCUGGGUGGGGGAAUGUAGCCCUUGGGCCGAAAAUGAUUCCCAAUGCUGUUUUAGGUUGUCCAUAGAGUGAUGCUUUCUUUACUCACCCAGGUGUGUGCAGAGAUCCAACAUACUGGAGCGGCAGGCCAUUGCUGUACUACGUUGUAAUCUUCAAACUGAUUAUACAAGUAUUGCAGGGCUUUUCUUCAUGGCAGCCUUCUUUAUUAUUCAUCUAGUACUAGGGUAGUAGACAAGGAACCCAGAUAGAACAAUGGAACAGCCCUUCAGAGAAAAGAGACUAAAUCCCCCCCCCCCCUUGUGAUUAAACUGCUCAGGCAUACUGCAUGGCUGGUGCUGAUCUGUGACUGAGUUCUCUCCCCUCCACCUUUUAGGUGGUGUGGCUUGCCUUGAACAGAAGGACUAAUAUAGUACCAGCCUCUUCCAUGUACUGUGGGAUUCAGAAGCGUAUCUUUGCAUUUCCAAAUCCAUUUAGAAAGUAGAACUGAUAUCCUGCUUUUGCUGAAAAUUGCAAUAAGUGCUUUGAGGCUUGUUAGCUCCUCCCACCCAAAAGAGGUUAAUAUACAUCAUUAUUUAAAAUGCACAGAUUCUUUGAGAUGUUAAAAAACCAUUUUUUUUCCUUUUGCAGGGAGAUGGAAGAAUAUCAGUCCAAUAUAUAACUGAAGAGUGUCUUUCAAAACUGGAUACAAAGCAGCAGACAAACACUCUGCUAAACAUGGUUUGGAGAGAUUCAGCUAGUGAAGAAGUUUUUACUCUGAUGGCUUCCAUCUGUCACACAUUGAUGGUGCAGCACCGAAUGAUGGUGCCAAAAGUCAGGUAAGUCUAAAAAAAAGAAAAGUGCAUUUGCAGACAUAAAUCUACAAAUUUAGGGGCAAUUCUGGCUUUCUUUCCUGCGUGCCUGAAACACUGGUCCUAUGUUAACUCAACUUCAUCAGCAGUAUGUGUUGGAAUUAUUUGGAAGUUCACUGUCCAGAAGCCCUAGAAAUGUACUAAGGACAACAGGAUAUAGGGCAGUUCUCUUUGAUUUUGACACUUUUUGGUAAAACUGAGAUCCUUGGUUGCUUUGAUAUAGAAACAGAUCAUUUUAUUUCGUUGACUCAGCACUUGCUGAGAGAACCUUCAAAACAAGGCUGUGGUAGGGAUCUCUAGAUGUUUGGGAACCAGGAGGCAAAGAGCUUCCCAUCUUAAACUAAUUUAGAUCUUAACUGUUGUGGGUUUCCCAUGUACCCUACCAGGGGUAUUUAGUAGACCAUUGUAAGAACAGGAUGCUGAAGUAGAUGGUCCUGCAGGCUCGUUUAUAUUCUUGCGAUUCCAUCUCUUUCUGCAGCUUAAGUGUAAGCUAUUUGUUUUAAAAGUAAAGGUAGUGCUGUUGGUCAGUAGGAAAUUCCAUAAUGGGGAAAUACCUCUUAGGCCAACCAAAAUGUGACAAAAAUAGUGCGCAAGCUUCUGAGUUCUCCAGAACUCAUCUGGCUUUUAAAAAAGAUAUUGCCCUAAUGUGGAUUUUGGAAUUUUAUAAGAGUUUUUUUAUGCCACCUUGACAACUUAGCCAAGCUGCUGACCGUUACCUUUUGCCCACAUUAGCCGUUAACCCUUCAAGCACUUAUCACCUGUGAAUUAUUGGGCAGGACUCCAUCCCAGACCAGUUGAACAACAUUAUUCACAUGGGUAUGGCAAUGGAACGUGCCUUGCUCACUGUUUUUAAGUGAAAUAAGCAGGCUAGUUGCUAAAGCAGCAUGAAGGCUUUCCAUGCUUUCUAUGGAAUAGCCAACUCACAUUAGGAAUACAAAUGCAGCACUACAAGCUUUAUAAAAAUUGCCGGUAGUACACUUGUUAGACGAGUGGAUAGAAAUGUGUAGUCUUAUCACUCGGAAUCCUAAUAAACAUGAAUCUAGUUUUCUAAGCCCAAGGGUGCAUUUUUGUUUAUUUAAAAUACGUUAAGCCGCUCGUUGUCAUAACUGAUUGCAGGGCACAUUACAUGUAUAAAACCAUAAAAUUUAAUUAUAUCUAAUACAGGCAGUGACCAUUUUUGGCGUGUCUGAUAUGUGCGUGACUAUGCACAUGUGCAUUGCUCUGAAUCUGGGAGUGCCCUGAAAAUGUCGUAAAAACAUCACAAUGGAGGGCAGGGGUAGAACAGGGCAGGCCACCUUACGUGGGCCCUGCCAAUGCACAUGGGAGACUGGGACGUAAUCCUGGCUCAAAUUGGUCGCUGCCUGUAUAUAAUUUAAGGGGGGGGGGGAACACCUGGAAGUGCAUAGGUAGUCUGCACAGUUCUCUCAGAACUUGGUGUACAUGAAUCCAGCUGGCUAAGCUAAACUUUUCUCAAACAGCAGCUCCACAUGCCCUAUGGGGCUGUGGUGGUGAUAGGUUAGUUUCAAAAACAGUUUAUUGAUAUAUCUUUGUGGGUGGGUCCAGCUAUUAACGCAGGGGAACAAACUAAAAACCCUGGCCCGCCUCUUUAAGGGGUUAGCUAAAUGUGAGAGGUGUUGAUUAGAAAGACUUAAACAUUAAAUGUAACUGUGGACCUUCAUAAAAUACUGACCAAUACAAGAGGUAGUGAUUGGCGUUGGCUGACACCCCCCCCCCACGAAUAAGUGGUAGAGCAGCCUCUUUAAUUUUAAACUCACAAGAAGUGGUGAAUUGCACAGUUACUGGGAAUACCAUAAAUACUCCUGGUAUUUUGGGAAUGCCCUACUACAGUUGACUCAAACUGCUUGGUAAACAACGAUAUAGAAAGCUAAGUGGUGUAGUCUCUUUAGCCCACUGGUGUUUAUAGCUACUCAAGGAAGUAAGAUGUCAGUGAAACUGUGAUCACUUGAUUAGGGUAAUUAGUUCUUUGUCAACUAAUGGCAUUAGAACAGGAUGUGAGACCUGGAGAUCAUAGCAGAAGCUGAAUUAGUAUGCCUCUCUUUAUUGCAAGUGGUCUAUUGCCUUGGAUAGUAAUUAAGGGAUUUAAAUGGACCAUUGCUCUGACUUGUGGUUUAUUGGUGAACUGUGCAGUAAAGGUGCUUAAUUAGUGACGUUUCUAUAGCCUUAAUUGUAUGACGACAGCCUCUAUUUCCUCCAAGGAGCUGUGCUUAAAAUCCUGUAGUUCUUUGUGUGAAUUUAUUUGGUUUUGCUUCCAGGUUAUGAAAGUGGUUAACUUUAAUUGUGUGCAUGUUAGGCUGGCAGCCCUUUCAGACCCACAGCUCACCUUUAACCAAAGGGGCCUGCUUUUAAUGGUUUUACUGCCUGCCUUUCUCUUCUUUGGGUGACAAAGGAGAGAUUUCUGGCAGGUGCACCUUGGCAUGCAGGAUAUGUGUACCUGCAUAAAUUCACUUUUAUGUAAUCAGUCAGUAAAAAUAAGGGCGCUCUACCCUCCUUUCUUGAUCACCCCUUUCUAUUUUUUAUUUUCUAGUUAUGAGGGGUGGAAUACUAAAUGAAAAAUGGUGUUCGUAUUGUUGGAAUGCCCUACUACACUCCAAGACCAAAGUAUUCAAUUAGAGCAAUAUACUGAUUUCCAGUUCCGUUUCUGGGAAAGUUGUUCUCUAUGGAAGAAUUAAAAUAUUGUAUUUACUGCUCUCUAUUAAAUACAUUUUUAUUGAUCUGUUACCAUUAACUAUAGAGUUCAACAUACUAUGCUUUCCUUUUUUUAUGCAAAAAUCAGAGUUACACAUAAGGGCAGGUUAAGAGUGCAGUCCUAACAUCUUUGUGGUGUGUUCACACUUGCAAAGCUGAUGAAAUAAAUAUUUCCUUAUCUUCGCAGCCAUUUGGUAGACGGAAGACUCUUGGUUGCUGUGCUAGUAUUUGUGCCAAUGUAAGCACAGGGCAUUGCUACAGGUCAGGCUGCAGUGAGUGCACAGGCCUUGAGUGUGUGCUGUGAGAAAGCAAUAAAGAUCAGAGGCAAGCAGUAGCACUGGUCAGUGUCUCUAUUCCCUGCCUUUUACCUUUGUCUUCAAGUUAGGAGUUAGGAGGAUCCGGGGCAUGGUCUGGAGGAUACAGCAACUUUGCUGAAGCUUAAGAGAUCUGGGUCUGGUCUGUUCCUGAGUGGGAAACUGCCUGGGUGUCCUAUGUAUGCCAUCUGGAGCUCCAUGAUGGAAGAAAGGUGGGAUAUAAAUGUAAUAAACAGAUGAGAUACAUGGAGUAUCUGUAUGAUGGAAGGGCACAGUUACUAUGUGUAUUUAAACCCGCCGUAGUCUGUGGACUUCCUCAAAGCACUUCUACUUGAAGCAGGCGGGGGGCAGGCAAAGAAACCUGCUUUGUACAGGAUCUGCUUGCCCACUCAAAGGAGAAGGUGCUGCCUGUCAGCUGAUAUCAUAUGUGACAUCAUCUGAUGGAUGAGUGGGCGUGGUGUGGGGAAAAUGGUCUCACGGGCCGAAUUGAACUCCCUGAUGGGCCAAAGGUUCCCCACCCCUGUUCUAAUUGAGAAAAACAAUUUAGCACAAUGUCUACCCAGAAGGAAGUCCCAUUGAUUUCAGUGAGUCUUACUUCUAGGUAAUUGAAUAUUAGAUUGCAGCCAUACUCUCCUCCCAUGUAUAUGUCUGUACUAGUUCCUUUAACUGCCUGUUUGAUUUUUCAGUAAAUGGGAAUGUCAGGAUAGAUUCUAGAAUAACUAGGACUAUAUUAUGCUACUGAGUCUAUUUCUGUGUUGUGUCAGCACUGCGAAGCACCAGGUGUACAGAGAAAAGCAAUUUUGGAAUAAAUUGUGCCUACCUAAAGAAAAUGACCAUUUGUUCUUAAGCAGUUAGUUCUUACACCUCUAAUCCAUCUUUGCCAAUGUGCUAUUGUAGUCAAAUAACUGAAUGUUUUCAUAAAACCCAUGUGACUAUUCUUUGUAGUGCUUGCUAAUUUCAUUUCAUCUAGAACUCUCUUCUGGGUUUUUUGCUUUUUUUGGUAAAAUUAAUUUGAAUUGUCUGCCUUCUAAUUUUAUUUCCUGUCUGCUUGUUGCCUGUCAAGAUGGAUAGAAAUUCAGAAUAGACUGAAAUUUUCAGAAGUACCAGCCAGAAGUAAAAUAAUGAAUUACUGUUUUUAUUCCUGGUUACAUAUGGCUAUGAGAGAUGACUUUGUCCGAUGGAAUUGUAGACAACCAUCCCUCAGCUACUAUUUUGUUAUGCCUAUAAUGUUACAUUUUUAGUCGGUCAAAGUUAAAUGCACCCUAUAUUUCUGCAAAAUCAGAUAUUGGAAUUGCUGAAUAAUUCACAAGUUGCUUGCUGUGUUUUGUUUUUUCCCAGUUUGGAAAGGAAAAACUUGAUUGGUAUUUACUGGUUCCAUGUUGAGCAUGGAAAUGUGAGGCAUAGGAGGUAUGAGCUAUAGCUGUGUGCUGCACCUUCUUUGGGUCAGGGCUAGGCUGGAACCAUGGGUAGCUAGAACCAAAUUUAGGCUUGGAAGGGGGCUCUCAGGAACAUCCUGUAGAAGAUUCUGGAUUUUUCUGUUGACUAGACAAAAACAGAUUGAGACUUUGAAGAUGUUGCUGGACUGUGGUUCCCAUCAUCCCUCACUACUGACUAUGCUGUCAGGUGCCAUAAGAAAGAUGCAGAGAUAGCGCAGGAUGGUACGCACCCCGGUAAUGAUCUCUUUCAGCUUCUGCCUUCUGGAAGAAGGUAUAGGGUUAUAAAGACCAGGACUAGCUGCCUGAGAAACAGUUUCUACGCAAAUGCAAUUCUGGUUCUAAACGCAGCAUAAAGAGUCUUUAUAGUAUACUGUAUUUUAAAAUGGGGUUUCAGAGGUUUUGGGGUUUUUUGAAUGUUUUAUGUAGAUUUCCAAUUUCAUUGUUCUGUAUGAGAGAAUGACAAUAAAGAUAUCGUAUAUCGUAUGUCGUUGAUUGGGGUUGAUGGAAUUUGUUGUACAGCAGCAACUGGAAGGACGUACAAGGGCUGUAGAGCACAUGCUUUGCAUGCAAGCAAUCCCAUUUUUUUUAUUUAAAUCAGAUUUUUUAAAUUUAAAUUGAAUUUUUUAAAAUAAAGUGCUUUUGGCGGAAAAAUCUUUCUAAAUAUAGUUUUCUAUUUAUGUUACAUUAUAGUCCAAAGGCUAUUCAUCAGGAAAUAAGAUUUGUUUUAAGUUUUUCAUGUGUGCUAAAACUCAGUCUAAGGUUUUUUUUUAAAAAAAAUUGUUUAACCACAUCAGUUAACAAACAUGGAUACAUAUGCUGUAAUGUUAUUGUUUCAGUUAAAUAAAUUGUUUAAAUUGUUAUUAAGGAAAUGAUUAUUUUUCUCCUUCCAAUAAAGUACACCAUCUGGUUGUAAAUAUUAAGAUUAUAAAAGAUUCAAAGUCUUACUGACUAGUGAUUUAAAUUGUGAUUUAAUUCGUGGUUUAAAUCAAUUUGAUUUAAAUCAAAUCCACCCUGAUGAGAACUGCUCAUCUUCUAACAUUAGGCAGAUGAGACUCAGGAAUAUUCACCUUUCUAGUUAGAGAGAACCCAUGUUUUCAGAGAAACUGUUCAAGGCACCUCUGGGAAGCAGUUGUGCUUCACGGAAACGUUCUUUGCAAAGUGAAGAACAUUUAUCAAUGUAUCGUGAAAUUACUAUUCUGAACUUGUGUUAAAAUCCGCAUGCCACACUGCAUAAAAAUAUCUAGAGAGCGUCUUGCUUGUUUGUGCAGGAUAGACGUCCUGGACAGGCAUUAGCAGAAAGGCAGCAUUUGUUUACAGUUCUUUGCUGGUGUAUCCGAAUGGCUCACUUAAUCUUAUGUAAUUGCAGUCACAUCUGUUAUCUUCUACCUGUAGCACCUUCCAGUUUGAAGGAAGUGUCAAAAUGUGUUUCCCUACUGUGGUGACCUUUUAUCCAGCUGUAUGAGCUUGUCUCAUUCUAUUGUAUUCUCUUCAUUAACUUAAAUGGUCUCUGUGGGAAACUGGGCCCAAUUUAUGACCUAGCCAGAAAAUCUUGCCUUUAACUAAUUAACUUACAGCAUCACCUCAGCUAAAUAAAGCUUAAUGGGUCAUUUAAUCUCUCCCAUUCCAACAGAAAUAAUUUUACACUUUUUUAAUAAAAAAAGAGAAGCCAAGGGUGCACAAGAUACCCUUCUGCCAGACACACACAAAUCACGUACUCUUUGUGAACAACUAGAUGCUUGCUUAGAGAAUCUGCAGGAUUCACAUAAAAUUGCUGUGCUUUACGCAACUCUUCCCUUAAACUUAAGAGAUGUAAAAUAAAUAAAGACAAAGCCAUGGAGGCCUUUGGCAGCCCAGUAGUUCAAGCUGAAAUUGGAUACUUCCUCCUUCCAACUCCCCAUUAUUUGAAGCUAGUUAUCCCAUAUUUGUUCUAUUUAAAAUAUUUUUAUUUUGUUUCUCAGUUAAAGACUCUCAAGUUGGCUAAUAACAUUUUAAAACAAUACGUAUAUUCAAAUUACAACAAUUAAAACAAAAUACUAAAACUGACUCCAUUAGCAGACAGUAAUAAAACAGCAGUACAAUCAAAUGCUACUAAAAGCUAGAGAAAAUAAAAUAUCCUAACAGGUAAUAUGUGUUGGGUGAGAUGUGUUAAUGUACAUAAGUAAUUGGGUUAUGCUGCUUUACAAUUGCUGCCAGAAAUGGAAAAAGGCCAUUUAAAUCUUGUUUUAAUUUCAUUUGAAUUCUUUAAGCGUUAAUUGUUUAUAGAGCUGUGGUUGUAGAUAAGGGUGCACUUUGCUGGGAAUUUCAAAGCUUUUCCUUUUGGGAUUGGUAAUAGUAGAUGUAGCUUUGGAAGGAAUUUGCUGGCUUCCUGGACGCUUUCCCUCUUAGUUGGGUUGGGAAGUGGAUCUAAAACUCCACCACCAACUCAGGCCAUUUUGACAGGUGCCUGGGGCCACCUACCUUUAUUCAUUUUCAGCUAUAAUUAUUUAUUUCAGAAUAUAAUUCAGUGCUUUAAAUUUUUAACACCUUUUGCUGUUGCCACUGGGUGAGAGAAAAAGGUGCCAGUGGAUGGAAAGGAAGAAUUGGUGCACUCCCAGUUCUUCCUUUUCAGUUCUGCCCCGUAGGAAUACCUGUCCUAUAUCAGGUGAGCACAAUUUUGGGGAAACCCCCUAUAGACCAAAUGGUGAGGCCUGGCAGUCCUAGUUAAGCCUGUGGACCUGAGGUUCUGCACACCUGCCUUAGGGAGAUACACAUUACGGUUACGGUAAGUGUUACAGAACCAAACCAUACUAAGACCUUUAUUCACUUUCUCAGUGAUUUUGGAAAUUCCAUAGGCUCUUAUGGCUUAAGAUAUGGAAAAAUACAUGUAGUAGUUCUUGAAUAUGUGAAACGUUUUUUGCACGGAAGCUCAAUGUUUUUGAAAAGUUGCAGGAAGGUUAUAAUUCUGUUGAAGGGUCUUCCCAUAAUAUCACCGUUCACAGCAGCUUUUGUGUAAUAAAUUGAAUACAUGUGACUAACUACAACUAUAAUUUGGAAGGGCCCUGUAAUGAUUAGUGAAGCAUAGAAGAACAGGUUAACAGAUCAUCUCUGAUUACUUGUAGCAUGGUAAAUGAGUGCUAUCGUCUUUACAUUUGGAAGGCAUCUGUACAGUUAAAACAGAGAUAAAAUAAAGCGAGUUGACUAGUGCUGGAAAGAAUACCUAUUUAGGCAUGUUGCUUUGAGAUAAAUAUUGAAAUGAAAGUUGACAAAGAUGCUUUUUAUUACCCACACGAUAUUCUUCAACCUGUUUCCUUUUUUCCUUUUUAGACUUCUGUACAGCUUGGCUUUUAAUGCCAGGUUCCUGAGGCAUCUUUGGUAUUUAAUCUCCUCAAUGACUACACGAAUGAUUACUGGGUAUGUCAUAUUCAUUAAUAAUCUAAAUGUAAAUGGAGCAGUGUGUGCCAGUGCAGAACCAAACAGUGUGUGAAAAUAAAUGGGAGGUGUGUUGUACUUGGAGACAGGAGGUGCCAUCUUAAGAGGCACUGCCUCUUAUAUGAGAAUGAAGAAGGAAGUUUCCUCUAAAACGAUGCCUGAUGUCUUGUUUGCGGGCUUCCCGAAGGCAUCUUGUUGGCCACUGAGAACAGGAUGCUGGGCGCUAGAUGGGCUUUUGGUCUGAUUCAACAAGGCUCUUCUUAGUUCUUAACACACCUAGGCAUCAUCUAAAAACAAAAUACACUUUUAAAAAAGCAUAUUUAUAUGGAUAACUGGGAAUGCAGCCCAAGGUGAGUUUACUCAUGUAUGCUCUCUUUUCCAUACCAUGUUGAUUAUGUGGAGGAGCAAACACAUGAAUGGGAGUUAUUAUUUCUUUAAUGGGGGGGGCGGAAUUUCACUACUGAGCUAGAUAUUAUUAUUGAUAAACCAACUUAGCUUGCAUAAGAUGAAAUGAAAUUAUAUUUUUUAACCUUUCUAGGCCGAAAUAUGGUUGUUCAUGCUGGCUCUUGAUCCUGAAGUUGCAUCAGUCUCUAUAAGUACUGUGAUGCACUGAUACACCUAUCACGUCUGCCCAUCCACCUGGGAAUUUACCGUAUUUUUUGCUCUAUAAGACUCACUUUUUCCCUUUUAAAAAGUAAGGGGAAAUGUGUGUGCAUCUUAUGGAGUGAAUGCAGGCUGCGCAGCUAUCAUAGAAGCCAGAACAGCAAGAGGGAUUGCUGCUUUCGCUGCGCAGCGAUCCCUCUUGCUGUUCUGGCUUCUGAGAUUCAGAAUAUUUUUUUUCUUGUUUUCCUCCUCCAAAAACUAGGUGCGUCUUGUGGUCUGGUGUGUCUUAUAGAGCGAAAAAUACGGUAGCUUUGGUUCCCCUCCCCCCCUCAACUUCAGUGCACCUCAUUUUUCCAAUUAGAACAUGCUAUUUAAGACGUCUUAAUGUGAGUGUCUGUACAUUCUGGUAUGUUAGUGUCUUCUCUAUAGAUAUUCAUAAAAUAGCUUUUAACAUUUUUAACGCCUGGCUAAGUGACAGAAAAUACCUAAUAUUCCAUUGGGAUAUUCAGCUGCGUGAUAACCAUCCUGAGAAUAUUAUAUAAACAGAAACAUAAAUGCCAGCAUUAUUUUAUUAGAAUCCAUCUUAAAAGAUAAAUUAUGAAUCUUCCACCUUUUAAAUAUAAGUAAGUUAAAUAAAUAUUUAUUUAUUUAAUAAUUUUGUGUACCUCCCUUCAUCCAAAGGCCCAAAAAUAUUAUUUGCAGAUUCUAAAAAGCAUAUUUCAUCAUUUUAAACUUGUUCCGUAUUGUGGCAUCGGGAAAAUAAAAAUCACCUCAAGUCCUCCCCCCCACCCCCAGUUCCCAGGUCCUAAGAUUAAAUUAAUGACUGCUCUUCAUCUUUUGUUCUGUUCUGUUAAGGUCUAUGGUGCCACUCCUUCAGGUGAUAUCACGUGGCUCACCGAUGUCUUUAGAAGAUUCUAGUCGGAUCAUCCCUCUCUUUUAUCUUUUUAGUUCCUUGUUUAGUCACUCGCUUAUUUCUAUACAUGAUAAUGAAUUCUUUGGUGAUCCUAUAGAAGGUAAGAGUAUCCUCCUCAACAGCUUUUGUCUAGUGAAAUAUUUCCCUCAAAACUCAUAUUGUUGUUAUAAACACAUGGUCGUGUGUGUGUAUUUGUAUUAUCCACACACACCCGGGCUGGAAGUGUACAGUAUUUCCCAAAAUUCUACAAAACUGAGUAACUGUUGGUUGUCUCAUUGUUUUGUUGUUGCUAUAAUUAUACCAUAAUUUUGAAAUAUUCUCCUGUUGUUUGUCUGUCCCUGCCCUUUAAUAUCUCUCAGGAGUGGAGGGGAAAUGAUGCUAAAUUUGCUGGGGUUUUAUUCAGGCCUGCCUGUAGCAACUUAUGACUUUCAAGCUGGACAGAACCCAUUGGACACACAAUAGUCAUCUGCAGGGUGUUUAAGCAUCCUUUAUUUUGGCAAUUGAAAGCAGCCAGGCAGUAAAAAGGAGCAUUCUGGUGCUUCCCUACAUGGUUUGUAGGUGUGUUGGGCUUUUUGGGUUAGAAGUUGUAUGGAUCUGGUUAAAAAUAAAGUGCCAAACUUGAGUUUUGAAAUUGCUGCUGAAUUGUCAUAGAUAAAACAACAGGGAAGGUUUUAUUAGACUUGCACCGCUUGUAUAAAAUUGGCAUGCAAAAAUGUUAUAACCCAAGCCCUGUACUUAUUCCGCUAUAUUAGAAAUGUAGCUAACUCUUAGCUACAUUGAAAGCAAAGAGGCCUAAUUCUAACCAGAGAUAUUAGCAUACAGUGGUGCCCCGCAAGACGAAUGCCUCGCAAGACGAAAAACUCGCUAGACGAAAGAGUUUUCCGUUUUUCUAGUCGUUCCGCAAGACGAAUUUCCCAAUGGGCUUGCUUCGCAAGACGAAACGUCUUGUGAGUCCUUGCGAGUUUGUUUCCUUUUUCUUAAAGCCACUAAGCCGCUAAGCCGCUAAUAGCCGUGCUUCGCAAGACGAAAAAACCGCAAGACGAAUGGAUUAAUUUCGUCUUGCGAGGCACCACUGUAGAUCCAAAAUAUCUCCUCCAGUUCUGUCUUGUAGUUUGGGUCCGGAGAAAUAACUUCUAGUUAUGUAUUGUCUAGUUGUAGGUCCAAGGCAGUCAUCGAUGAUGCCUUUUACGUUAGAAGAACUGGUAAUAUUAUCACGCUGCCUUCGAGAUGCUUGCUUAGGAAUCAUUAAAUUGGCAUAUCCUGAAACCAAACCAGAAGUUCGUGAAGAAUACAUUGCAGCAUUUAGAAGUGUUGGAGUCACCACAAAUACAGAAAUGCAACAGUGCAUCCAAACAGAACAGAAACGGUGGAUUCAACUCUUUAAGGUACAGUAUAGUUUUGAUUUAUAUAUAGAACUUCCCUUUUCAUACACUUUAAACAUGGAGAUAACACAGGUGAUGAUGUCUACAUAUGGAGUUAGCACCUGAUUUAAUUACAAAGACAGUAAGAGAGAUUAGUUUUUUAACUAAAGGGUUUUUUAUAGAGUAUGUUUCUCCUGAUUGUAAAGGCUAUUGUAAAAUAGUAUUUCUGGCAGUAUACUUUUAAUCUAAUUGAAUUUAAGUGGGAUCUUAGAAUUGUUAAAAAUGCCAUUAUAUCUUGGAACAAGUAGUUUUCUUGAGCUUAGAUGCAGAAAGGAGAAGUGAUGUAGAAAAUGGGUGCUAUAUUCGUUUCUGAAUCAGCUACUGAUUUUCAGCUGUCAGUUCUUGCAGAUGUUAAAUGUCCAUAAAUAAUGAGUAUCCUAGGGUCAUCAUUGUCCUAUUGUCCAAUGGAUGACUAUUGGCAUGUUUAGAGCUUAUUGCUCUGCUUUCAGACAGUUUGGAACAAUGCAGUAAAAAAGACCAAACUGAGUAGGGCUUUAGAGAUGGGUCUUUUACAAAAAUAGAUGACAUAAGUUGGUUUUUUAUUUCAUUUUUAAAAGAAACUAUUCUGUUAACACAAGGGUGGGGAACAUGGGACAUUCCAGCUGUUGCUGGACUAUGGUUGGCUGGGCUGAUGAUAGUUGUAGUCUAAGAACAUUUGGAGGACACCUGGUUGGCAACCCUUUGUUAGUGAAUCAGUAGGGCUAAUAAUGCAUUCUUCAGUUUCCCCCUAUUUUUGUUUUUUUCUCUGUUGAGACAAACAAUCUUGGAGCUAUGCCCAUGAUCCAUACUUCAUGUACUGUUUUUUUGGGAGUCUGUAUGAUCUUAAGCUCCUUUUUGAGUACCAUACACAUUGCAGAGCCUGGCUGAAAAGCUAUUGUGUGGAUAUCAACCACCUAUGGGUGCAGCAAAUCAAGACUUUGUUUGCACAUCAGUUACAGUGUUUCAGGGAGACUAAAUGAAUAGUCUUCUACCAGUCUAUUUUUCCUUUCUUUUUGGCAACCCAAGGUUGAACAACACUAAGGAGGUGGGUUAGGAAUCGAGAAUAUAACGGUUGUGCAAGAAAGUGCUUGACUUGCCAUGAAAUUUCUGCAGCAAACACAUAUAGUCAGCUAAAAUUACUCAUUAAAGGAGUGGAAGCAGAAGAAAUGCAUUUUCCAAAUUGAAUGCUAGAUUUACAGUCGGUUUAAUACUGGCGACCUCUCACACACUAAUGUUCAGUUCGAGUCAUCAGCCGUCCCUUCAGGUCUUUUAUCACUGCUUUUGUCAAGCUAUCUAUUUAAUUGAAAGAAGUUAAUUGAAUGAAAAUGAUCAACUAAGCUUGUAUUAAUAUUGCUAAUGGAACUUUCUUCUUGGCCAUGUUUGGAGAAAGAUGUCAUGCUAGACUUUAGGAAAGGCCCAUUAAUGCUUGCACUUAACCUGAUGGGCUAAUUAAGGAAUGCUUAUUCAUUCUACAAGUCUACAAUAGCCUCUAUCCCGCCCAUUUUGCCCGAUUUUUACAACACAUUUCACUUACGAGCAUGAACAUUACGGACAUUACCAGUGAUGAGAGUAACUGAUAAUGUUUUGAUUGUGUUGAAUACGGUCCUAAUGCAUCACUAAAGUUAGAAUUUUUGCAGAUUGAUCUAAUAUCUGUUUGCACAAUUUUAUUUAAUUAGAUGUCCUUUCAUUAUCCUGUUACAUGCUCAGUUUGUUAAGCUGGGCAGAGAGGCCCAACAUAUGUUUUUGUAUGUUGUGAAAUCAUGCCAUGUCCUUGCGCUGUGCAUCAUUACAACCAUUUAGCAAACUAUCUGGUGUUGAAAUCUACAAAAAGAACUGUUUUAACGCCUAUGUAGAGUUGUUAAAAUUUGGAAAGAUUCCAGUGGGUCUUGAUAAUUAAUAACUGUACAAAGAAAAGCAAGUUGCGGAAUAAUGUUCACCAAAGAAGAAAUACAUAUAAUGCAUUUCUCUUAAUCUGUGUGUAUUCUGUGCCUUUAAAAAUGGAACUGCACAAGAUACACCUCUGUGGCCAAGGGAUGGAAACACGUGGUCCUCCAGAUCUGACUCCCAUCAUCCCUGAACAUACCCCAUGGCUGAUGGGAGCUUGAGUCCAACAUCUGGAGGGCUACCGGUUUCCCAUCCCUUUUGCCCAACACAAAAAUGAUAGAAUCUCAGCUGGUUAAAGCAGAGUGCUGAUAACGCCAAGGUUGCAGGUUAGAUCCGCAUAUGGGACAGCUGUGUGUUCCUGCAUUUAAGGAGGUUGGACUAGAUGGUCCUUGGCUUCCCUUCCAACUCGCUGGUCUACAUGUCAGAUAUAACAUAGACCCAACCCAUUAUAAUUUCACUCCUGUCAUGUUCUGUGAAUGUAGGAGUCUAUGGUAAACGAAUUGAAUGAGAUUUGUAGACUAUAGUCUGUACUAAAGGUUUCAAGUCCUGCAUUUUUGCAUGAGAUUCAAUUUUUCGCACAAAAGUUGUAGUGGGUGAUGCUCUCACUGAUAACCCAUCACAAAAAAAUUCCCAUUACCUAGACAUACAUGCACAGUUCAAUCCUUCUCUUUGAAAUCUGCCCCAAGAAGGGAAGAAAUCGGUGUCUCACUCAAGCAAUGUGCAUUCCUACUUCUAAAGUACAGUACAGUAGUAACUUCUUACAUAAGGAACCAGUUUGCAACAAAUUUACUCUUCCUUUCGUGCCAAAGGGCAGCUGAAAGAGAGGGAUUGUAGGUGCCACUUCAAAACAAAUAGUUUUAUCCUUGUUUGUGUGCUUCUGCUGUUGACAAACCUGACUUAUCCUUAGUUUCCACUCUCCAAGAAUUUUUUAAAUGAAAAAUUGGAUACAAACCUAUUGAACUAACAAAGUUUAUGAAUUUGUUUUGUUUCUAUCAAAAAAAAAAAAAUGCUUUCACCCAUAUUCUAGUUCUAAAUGUUUUCCAAAAGCUCAAGAGAUUCCUAAAACAAUUUGUGAAAACAACGGAACCUUACUUAAGAGAAUAAUUUUUAAAGUUACACUGUUACAUUUAGUUUUAAUUUCCAAAUAAAGAGGGGACAAGAUAGAAAUUUAGAUAAUUAUUAGGCAUGGUAUGGAGAAAGUGGAUAGAGAAUUAUCCCUGUCUCUCCCCACCCCAAUAUAAUAGGGCCCCGAUCUAGGGCCCAAGAUCACCCCAUGAAGCUGGUUUGUAGAAGAUUCAGGUCAGAUAAAAGGAAGUGCAGCACAUAGGAAUUCACUCCACAGGCUGACAACAUGGGUGGCAUUAAAAGGGGAUUAAAGGGGAGACAAAUUAAUGGAGGAUAAGGCAAUCAACAGCCAGGCACUACUUCUAUAAUCAUACACCGCAUGCUUCUGAAUACUAAAUUCAGACAGAUUCAAAUUACAAGAAGAUUUUGCCUAAACAUUAGGAUGAACUUUCUGACAGUGUUAGAAACUGAGAUAUGAAAGCUAAGAGCUAAAUGGCACUUUGAACCUAGGUUAUGGGCGCAGCAACUGAAUGUCUAGGUACAUCUUUUUAAUAACAAGAAUACAAAGCUUGAAAAUGAAUGAACUGCAGCUCAAAUAUUAUGUUCAUUUUUCACAUGGUCUAGUCCUUCCCCUGCCCACCCCUCUAAUAUUCUUAAGAGGGUCUCUUCUCCAGUCUUCAGAGAGUGGCUGGAAGUGGGGAGGCAGAAAAAGGUAACCCUUUCCUUCUACUGUGCAGUUUUAAUCUGAAAUCUUAGGCGCAGUCCUGUGCCCAGAGCUCAGAAACUGCUCGCGCUAAUGAAAUUCCCAGUGGCAAAAUACACCUAGAACAAUGGGAGUUUCAAACACUGUUCUGACAGUAAGAGCUGCAUAGUAGGGGGUUGGACUAGAUGACUCGUUGGGUCCCUUCCAACUCUACAAUUUGGAUUCUUCAUCCUGCCUUUGCACUUCCCUUGGGCUUUUAAUUGGUCAUUGUGAGAAAAGGAAUGUUGGACAAGAAUAGAUAGGCCUCUGGAAUAAUCCAGCAGGGGUCUUUAUGUUCUUGCCUCGUUUUUAGAAUAAAAAAUGGUUCCCUUUUGUAAAUUUCCCCCUGCUCUGGUAUGUUUCUGAGCAGGCUUGUAGGAAAUUGGUCAAACCCCCCCCCUCAAAAAAAAGAAGAAGCAAUAAAGACUAUCUUUGCCUCAGAUUAAUUUCUUUGAAUGUCUUUCAGAUUACUUCCCUCAGUGCUUGAAAGGUUUCACAUGCAAUAUCUCAUGACGUUUGCAAUCAGGGCCUAAUGGAAUCAGUGCUUGAGUGACCAACUUGGCUAACCUGCAUUGAAUUUUACAAAGGGCAAAAAGUGGUGAAAAAGAUUCUGCAUAAUCAUACAGAUCUCCUAAUGGUCCCCCCACCAGUAGUUUUCUAACCUGUAAAAAGUUCACUUAAUAAACCAGGUCAUUAAAAAAAAUAUCUUCAGUAUGUGGAAAGGAAACCUUUUUGACUGUCCAUUAAGUUCUUUUGCUCCUUUUGGCAUCUGCCCACUAAUGCACCAGUUGAGACAUUAUUGAAGUAAUUACAUUUUUUUUAAAUAAAAGAAAACCCCUAUUGGCUCCAUACUGUACAGCAUAGUGCCAUACAUCUACUGUGCUACUUUCAAACUUGAUAUAACUGUAUGGGAAGGGCAGGGAUUUUGUUUAGUCUUAUAAAUUAAAGAUGAGUGUCUUAAAAUGUUCAAUUACGAUCUGGGUCUUGGAUCAUCAUAUGCAUUCUUGGAUCUUGUGAAUGUCCCAAGGAAGGGAAUAUGUGACAUCUUUUUUCUAGCAUUAUUCUUUUUCCUCCCUCCAAUAAUCACCUGUGAUCUAGCACUGGUAACUGUUGGAGGAACUGGAUAUUUGCGUAGGUGUUAAUUUCUUUUAUGGUCACAAAUCACCUGAUGUAUGAGAUAAAUCAACAGGCAAGGUCAACUAAGCCAGUUAGUUACUAUGGCAAUGACCCAGUGUUUAAGUCAUGUCAGCUCAUUAGUAAGUCAGUCUGUCCAUGAGUUGGAGUCUGUGUUAUGUCUUGAAGGUGGAGCAACAGAGAUACUUUAGGCUUGUAUAUAUCUGUAUCUGUAGAGCCGACAAGCUGUAUGUAUAUAUGAACACAUAGAACUGUAUUACUAAAGCCUUAUCUUUUACAGUCGUAAAUUAUUUUGGAUUUUAAGCUGCCUCUGGGUGGUGACUGGAACUGUGGGGCAACUACUUCUAUGUGGGUAUCUUACUCAGAUCACCUGCCUCCUGAAACUUCGUCCUUAUAUCAUAAGGAGUAGAUACUGGCCUGUCCAAAUGUAAAACCUUUACAGCAGUGAGCUGCAGCAAGCCUUGGUCUUGUACACUUCCAUCUCCUCCUUGGGUGCAUUUGUAAAAAGGAGUUAAGAAAUACUCAGUUCCAUUUUGAAAUAACUGCCGCUUGUUGUGACAUCUGAAGUGUACAAACUGGUUAAUCUUAACUAUGGCCUAUUCCAACAAACUAUAGUAAAGAUUAACUACAGUUUAUCUAGAUUCAGAUAUCAUGACAAACGACAGUUAAUCUGAAAUGGAAGCAAUACUUUGCUGAGGCUUACUGUGGCUCAUUCUUGUAAUGCUGAACCAUGCUUUAUUAGUAUAUCCGAAUACAGCCACUGUUUAGACAAUGACUGCAGUUAGUGCAAAAUGAGGCGGUGCAAUUGUUGACAGGAAUGAGAGUCUGUCAGAAUAUUAUACUUGUGCUUAAAGAUUGGCACUGGCUACCUGUUGGCUACUGGGCUGAGUUACUAUAGGUACAAAGGGCUCUUAAUUGUUUGGGACCAGAUUACUUAAUAGAUCACCUUACCCCAUACAUACUGAUGCGAUCACUUUGAUCUGUGGAACUUGUGCCAUGUCUACAUUUGAAAGGAUAAUUCCCUUAAUGUGGCAGCAUCUGUCCUUUGGACAGUCGCUGUGACUGUACUGUUUUAGAUGUCUGCGGAAAACCUUUCAGUUUCAACUGGCCUAUCCAGACGUGUAAUUUUGUUUCAUCUGCUCUUAAAUCUGUUUUAGAUGUUUUAUUGUAUGUGGUUGUUUUUAUGUUUUAAAUUUGUUUUUAAAUGUUUUAUUUAUUCAUUCAUUUAUUUAGUGUGUGUUUUCUGCCCAGAUAAUGGCAGGAUGUAAAUUUAAGUUAAUAAAUGGUACAAUUGGGUAUUGUAUUCUAAAUUAUGUUAAAUGAAAACAAUUUAGUUUCCUUGGCUUUCCUCGAAAUCCGAUUUUUUUUUUUUACAUGUUGAGAGAUUUCAGUUGUUUUGAUGAAGAAGUAAUUUUAAGUAAUUUAUCUAACAAACUUUGGCCAAAUAUUUGAUUACUUAAACAUGUCUCUUAAGAACAAAAAUACUGUAACAUUGUAUAUUUUAAAACAUUGCUGCUUUGUCUGUGGUAUUUUGAAAAACAGAAAGUAACAAUCUAUAUUGAUAUAUUUCUGCCAUCCAGGUAAUCACUAACUUGGUGAAAAUGUUGAAAUCUAGAGAUACAAGAAGGAAUUUCUGUCCACCAAACCACUGGCUUUCAGAACAGGAGAACAUUAGAGCAGAUAAGGUAAUACAGAUGUGGCUGUUUUAAAAAACUCUUUAAAAUCAAACACUGUACAGAUUUAAAUUCAGUUUCCUUUUAAAAUCAAACUCCUGGUAUUAAUAAUCACAUAGGUAAAGGUAAAGGGACCCCUGACCAUUAGGUCCAGUCGCGGACGACAUCACAUAUGUACUUUAGUACAAUUCUGGUGUGCAGGUGUUAACCCGAAUCCUUGAAGCGUUUGGCAUGUUUACAUCACUUGUUCUCAGUUCUCUAUUUGUGAUAUAUUUGUCAUGUCCUAUGCAUGUUUACUAAGAAGAAAGUUGCACUAAGUUUAGUGGUACAUACUUGGGAAUAAUUUUGUGUAGGAUUGUAGCAUUAAUACACAAGAUAUUUGUCAUAUUCCCUGAUAAACUUGUGAUGCCUUGCUCUGUGGCCCAGUGCAUAUGUAGAGUUAAUCAGAAUUUAGGAAUUGGGAGUGGUGUUUUAUUUGAGUUGAGCAUUAUUUUAAUACAUGGUGUCUGUUUUCCUAGAACAUGGUUUGCGGUAUCCUAACAGAGCUGUAUGUCAUUUGAAACUCUGUUUCUGAUAAUGAUCAUGAUUAAACUGCAGGAAAUACUUUUGUUUUAAGGUUUUGACAUGAAAUAUUUAACUAUUACAUUUAAUAAACAACUAGGUUACACAGCUUUAUGUGCCAUCAGCCAGGCAUGUAUGGAGAGUGAGAAGAAUGGGAAGAAUAGGACCUCUGCAGUCUACUCUAGAUGGUAAGACAGUAUUGCUUUGCCUCAGAAACUGAAGAUGUUGCAUCUUUUCUUUCUUUUAAUAAAUGGAGAGCCUGUUUCUGGAAUGUGAGCUUUCCCAAUCUGUUGAUACAGCAUUUAAGAGAAUUUGUGCUCCAGUCACAAUGCAGUUCAUUGGCAAUAGCAUGCUUCUGAGUUGUAGUUGCUGGGAAACAAUACAUUGUGCUCAUGUCCUCUUUGGGGCUUCCCCAAAUAUCUGGUUGACCACUGUGGGACAACUAGACAGGAUGCUGGACUAGAUGAACCCUUGGUUUGAUGAUGUAGGAUUUUUCCUACAUUCAUGCCAGCAGUUGUUAAUAUACCAACAGCUAAAUUUUACCUAGACAAUUGAUGGUACCCACUAAAGACCAGUACCUUUUUACAUGGCCAGUUGGUAGGUACUUGAAAUUCCACUGUAUUUGAUGUCCUCUUAUCUGUGCAACUGAUAUAUUUGCAUCCAAAAUCAGUUUUCUCUGCCUGUUCACUUUAAUUUCUUGAUGAAAUAAAGGCUUAAUCUUCCAUAGGUUGUGCCUCUACCUUUCUUGACUGAAUGCCCUUGAAAUGAAAAAAGAUGUGAUCAACAUGAUUGUGUGAAGAAGGGCACAUAACAGUGUGUUUAUGAUUUGUUUAAUCCCACUUGACUCCAUAUGGGCUAGAAUCAAUUAGUGUGAAAGAACCACUGACUCACAUAUGGCUAUGUUUAUUUGUGCUUUUUCAUUUACUUAAAUGGCAAGCUCUUGAGUUCUAAAUGUCUUGUGUAUUGAUGACUCCAUCCCAUAUUUCUCUUUAAAGAUGGAAACGUUGAUGGGGCAAUGUAGAUAAAAUUGACUAAUUGACCAGAAUAAUUGAACUGCUGAAGUUAGAUAGUGGUUUACCUUUGCUGUACAUGCACUUUGUUUUAAAACGCUUUUAACCCUUAGCUUAAUAGAUAGCAUACGUUGACUGUAAUUAAAACUGUUUACUGAAAGUUAGGAAAACACUCAUUCCAAGGGCUUACAAUAUUGGUAUUUAUUGUAGCUCUGUUUCUGUUGCGCUAAAUAGGCACUCUUAAUAGCUCUAGUUAAAAAUAGCUUGAGGAGCUCAAAAGUAUACUAUCUGUUACUGCUGAUGCUUGCUAUUGAAAGGCCAGCUAGUCACUGCAAACAGAUGAUGAUGAUGAUGAAUUGCUUCUGCUUUAAUACUCAAGUCAUACAUACCCAGUCUUCCAAGAAUUUUUACCAUUCCUGCAGACAGUGUCUGCCUGUGCUUGGGAAUAGAUCUUUCAUCAUUUACUCAGAUAACUAAAAUUUUGUACUUUUUUUGUUUGAGGAGUUUUCAGUUCCAACCAAAUUGGUUUGCCUUUGUCCACAUGAACAUUUAUAUGAGGUGUACAGUUUAACACAGACUACACCUCUCUUGUUCCAGUGACUAUAGCCAGGACUCAGUUAGGGCUAUACAAUCAAGUGUGUGCAUUUGUAUACCUGGUGGGACUUCCUACAGUUUCAUUUCUGAACUACAGCGUCUCACUUUGCAUUGGAGACCACUCCCAGUAUCCUUUGAGUUUGGGAGCUAUGUGUUGAACAGCACAAAGUAUGUGGAUGGUUCAGUAGGAAGAAAUGCCACCAAGUCUAAGUAUAUGAGCAGUAACUCCCCACACAACUAUUUGGAUCUCAGUUUAUCAUUGCUUUAUACAGUCAGCAAGCUUGGCUCUUUGUAUGGAGUGGUGUCUUUACCAUCCAGAGAAGAAUGGAAAGGUAGUAUAUUGUAUUGUGCACUAAAACUGAGCUCUCUCUCCCUCUCCCUCUCUGACUUUCAAUUUAAAAAGUGGGGUUGGAUCCAGCACCUCUUUCCGUGUCUGAGGAACGACAGCUUGCAAUAUUGACUGAGCUACCUUUUGUGGUUCCUUUUGAAGAAAGAGUAAAGGUACAUCAUCUCUUUAAGUAUUGUACUUUUGAUAGUUAGCAUAAACCAAUGUAUUUGCUAAAUCCAGAAUCUUGCUACAUGAUUUGUAAAGGACCCUGUUCUGCAACACAGAAAUAGGCGAUCUUUCUGGGUGAUCCUAUCAUUCCAGAUGCCAUUUUAAAAUCAUAAGUGAGUGGUGGCAUGGUUCAAAGGUUCUUCAGUUUUAGUGCCUCUGUCUUAAAGUGGCUGGGGAUGUUUGUAUGUGUCUCGUGGUGUGAUAUUUUCUUUUUAAAAUCCUAGAUGUGCCAAAGCUAUUCUUCGCACCUCCUCUCCCAACCUGGUGUAAUGAAGGUGUCUUGGACUACAGCUUUCAUUAGUGUGCCUAAUGCUCACAGAUGAUAGGAAUUGUGGCCCAAAACACCUGCGGGCACCAGGUUGGGGAAAGUUGCCUUAUGUGAUCACAGCUGUGUAUGCCUUGCUGGUGUUUAACAGUCAUUUGUUGUUCUGGUUGCAGAGGAUGGGCAACACUAGAGAAACAAAGUCCAAAGCGCUGUUAUAUUUCAGAAUGGGGAGUGCCUUUUUUGGGAUGGGGUAGGGGGAUCCUGACCUCGACCUAUAAUUUAGUUAUAACUUUGAAAAUCAUCAGCCCUUUGAAGUAUACCACAAAGUGCCUAUUGUUUAAAGGCUGUCUUCAUCUUCUUCGUUUAAAAAAACUGUAAUAACUUUCUAAGGUUCUUUUGUUGACUCUACAGCUUUCAGCUAAUUAGCAAACUGAAUUCCCAGAAUUGUGCUGCCAUCAAUGUGUGCUAGUCCUAUCAAGGAAAUGAAAGAUAGUUUCAUGGGAGAAAUAAAUCACUGUUUCCCAAAAGGACAAUGAUAAAUGGAGGGAAAACGUGUUGUUUCGCUUUGGUGCAAGACUUACAAGUGGCACAGAACAGAAUUAUAACUUGAAACUUGCAUUCGUCAAGUUUCUUAAUGCAGGCAUAAUACUUUUUUUAACUAUUCCCUAUACUAACAGUUUACACACAUUAACAAACUCUCCAGUAUAUUAUCAUUAAACACAGUUUUGAAAGCAAGCUGGAAUGUUGUGAAGUUGUGGGAUAUUGAAAAUCCAUAUUUAAAUGGGAUUACUUUUUCUCUCCCUUUUACUACUCGAUUUAUACAAGAUAUUUCAAAGGCUGAUCUAUGCUGACAAACAAGAGGUUCAAGGAGAAGGCCCAUUUCUGGAUGGAAUUAAUGUCACUAUUAGGAGAAAUUAUAUUUAUGAAGAUGCGUACGACAAACUUUCCCCUGAAAAUGGUAAUGUGUUUUUAAUUUAAUGCUAAAAUAAGUUCAUGGUAAUAAAAUCACUUGCCUUGGGAACUAUAAAAACAUGAGCCAUAUACUAUUUUCUUGCAUGAAAAGCUUACAUCCAGAUUGUGGGCCAAUUUGGUUAGUGCACCAUAUGAAGAUGAAUAAUUUUCUACCUUGGAAUUCCACCUAUCUAUCUAUCUAUCUAUCUAUCUAUCUCCACCGGGCUCUUGUGAAGCUGUGUUCUAUUUGGGAUUUUUAAAAAGCUUUUUUUUUAUUAAAAAAAAAAGCCUGUUGCACAUUAAUUUUGCCUAGAUUUCUUUGAUGUGUUACCUGUUUUUUCACAUGUUGUGAGUGGAUAUUCAUACUUUCAGUAGGAUUUCAAACAUUUAAUUUGUGAACAGCUUACUGGUGGAUAGACUGUUGUAAGUUGAAAGAGCUUGUGAUCUGAAUAAAAGAAGGCAGUUUUGCUUCAUCUUUCAAGGUGAAGAUUUGGUGGUGAAGCUGUACUUGCUUUCUAAUUAAGGACAGAACCACUGUAGAAAUGUUAAGUUCAGCGAGCAAUAAAAACAGAGGGGCUUCAUUCAGUCGUUGAGUUCCAGAAAUAAACCUUGUAAGUCUUAACAUGGAGUCAUCUGAUGGGAGUUAUCUAGCAGCACCUUACAGGGGCGCAGGUUCCUCAUCGCUUAUUUAGAACGACUUGUCCUGAAGAAAGCCUGAACCAAAUGCACCUGUAAUUUUUGUUUAAGUGGAACUGCAAUUCUUUUAUAACAUUAGGCAUGUCAAUAUGGUCAACAGACUUCAUAACAUGUUUAACUUUACCCACCAGUGGAUUUUUGUAAAAAACAAAACAAAAAAACCAACAUGAGGGAAUACAUUACACUGGGACAAUAUUGAUGAGUUUUAGCUCAUGAACUUUUAGAUUGCAUAUUUUAUUAACCUUUUAGGCACACCACUGUAUAGUAUUUCUUCAGAAAGUUGUCUUUAAAUGCAUGCAUGUGUAAAGAGUUGUGCAUUUGCAAAUUCUUACAUAACUUGUUUUCUCUUUCUCUAGAACCAGAUUUGAAAAAACGAAUUCGUGUCCAUUUACUUAAUGCCCAUGGUCUAGAUGAAGCCGGUAUUGAUGGGGGUGGAAUAUUCAGAGAAUUUCUGAAUGAACUGCUUAAAUCAGGAUUUAACCCUAACCAAGGUUUUUUUAAGACCACUAAUGAAGGACUGCUUUACCCUAACCCUGCUGCACACAUGCUCAUUGGAGAGUCAUAUGCAAGGCACUACUAUUUCCUUGGGAGGAUGCUUGGAAAGGUAAAAAUAAAUAAAAUUGCAGAUAUAUAUGAAUAGGAGCUGCUUGUGUAGUAUAUGAGAUAGAAGUGGAUUUUUUAAUGGCAUGUUUUCAGAAAUGGAAAGUACUUGGGAAACAAUAAUGGGUUUGUAUCCAUUUUCUUUGCCCUUUCUAUGAAGAGAAAGGCGUUUUCAUUUUGAUCAUGUGUUACAUUUGCUUUAACGAUAUUGAUGGCUAAAUGCGCACAGCUGCAUUCUUCAUGCUUGACAUUCUUACCACUUGAGGGGGUUACUUUCCUAAUGCUCCAUGUUUUAAGUGAAAAGAUACACACACCAUUUUUGGCUAAGAUAUUUUCCAAGCUGAAUCUCCUUCACACACAAAAUUAACAAGACUUCGUUAGCAGGUUAUAGAUUAUGAAGUCUGAAUGAUCACUAGUGUCUGGUAAAUUUCUGUUUCAGGCAGACAAUGAUAGAUAGAUAGAUAGAUAGAUAGAUAGAUAGAUAGAUAGAUAUGAUAAUGAACUCUCUGAUUUGAUAGGGUUUUAUUCAUAGAAUCUCAAACCUGGUCAUGGUGUCAAGUUUUAGUUUUUCAACAUCAGGAAAAAUGCAUAUGAUUUCCACCAAGAUGAUUCAUUUUCCUUCCCAACCCAACCCAGCAACUUUUUUUUCUUGUCUCUAGUUCAUGGAGCAGGACCUAAGGUUCUGAGCCGUGAUAAGUUAAACAAAAGAACAGGAUUAUAUUAAUUACCAUUGUUCCUGAUUCUCUAGUUCCGCCCUUAACUUCCAGUAUUGACAGUCGUUUCAUUGAGCUCCCACAGUGACGCCAGUUGCACAGAGGGGUGAAGGUGCAGUAGAACAAUUUCACACAUUGUUUUUAGGUGUACACCUAAGAUAUUUUAAGUGUAGAUCAAAACAUGUAAAUCACGAACCUCACAGGUGUGUCUUUGCAAACUUGUGUCAUCGGGAGCCUUGCUGAGUUGGAGCACUCUUGACUGCACACUCUGGAUUUGUCUCAACAUGGUGUGUGAAAUGGCCUUUGCCAUCUGGCCAUGUCAAGGCUCCACAUAACAACACUAGAGAACAGUUUGUGCUGAUCUCGGAGCUACUUGUAACUGCUAGAGAAGACAUGUAUUGGAUCUGGAAGACUUGCCUCGCCAACAUCUAAAAUACAAAAGCCUCUAUAUUUUACCUGGAUAUUAACAGGUUAAUUGUAGUAUUAAAAGGGGAGUGGGGGAAAUUUGACUUUGGGUUGGGAAAAGCUGAGUGUCAUGGCUGUUCUUAUACUUUGAGAUCAGAAGGAACCCAGUUACUUGUCAUUUUGAAAGCAGUCAAAUAUUGAUGUGUGUGUGUUCUGUGUUUACAUAAGGCACAAAAUGACUACGUUAUUUAAUAAUUAGCUGUACCCAGGUGCAGAAACACCCUUUAACUGGCAUGUUUGGAAAGCUGAUGAAUUCAGUAGCAAGAUAAGGCACGGUUUUACUAUUUGGUCCCUGCCAGUAUUGUGGUUUUAGUUAAAGACUUUAUUAAAUUCUUCGGUUUUAUAAAAAUGCUUACCUUUUAUCCAUUUGCAAAUAAUUUCUGAAAUGCUGCAGUUGUUUAGUCUUUGUAUAAAUAAACUGCAUGCCAUACAAAGGAAGCCAUCUGAAAUCCACAGAAAUUUCUUAUUUGUAUAAAUAAAAAAUGCAGAGAGUGUUGCUGCUAAGAGCUCUAUUUAUAUGACAGUGUUAUCAGAAAACAAAUACAUUAACAUUGAAUGAUUUACCUAUAUUCUGUGUAGCCAGCCAUUCAGUGGUAAUCACCUAGUAUAGUUUAGUUAGUGUUGAAUAUUUCUUACCCCAAAUAUUUUUAAUCCCCCCAAAUGUUUACUAUUAAAUAAAAUAAAGAGCAUAAAUAAAUACCAAUACAGCAGGAUGAAAGCAGCAUAGGGUAGGACAUUAUCAUUGAUCUUGUUCUAAAAUAUUACAAAAAUACCCAUUUUACCAUAAACAUGGCUUAUAUGUAUUCUUUUGUAAUAAGUUAUCUUAGUUACUAUGGAUCAAAUUUUCUCAACCCAUGCAGAUAUCCAUUUUUAUUUUUUUAAAACUCUCUUGUUCCAGUUCUGUCUUGAAUAAAUUGUAUUAUAUCCCUGGCAAUUUAUAAUAAUACACAUUAAAAGCUCUUCAUUGUGGUAGUUGCAAUUAUUACCCCCUCCAAAUAUCUUUGAACUAUAGAUGCUUUAUAUCACAGUCCUACCUAACCAUGUCUACUAAGGCUUACUCCUAGGUAAGAAAGGUUAGGAUUGCAGCUGUAACUACUUAGGAUUACCACAUUUAUAGAACAAUCCUAUGCACUUCUACUUGAAAUAAGUCAUAUUCAGUUCAGUGAGGCUUACUUUUAGUUAUGGAGGGUAUAAGGUAAUAGAUUCAUUGGCUCAAUAAAUCAGUUUAAAACAUUUUGAUAGACUAAUAUUGAUCAAAUAGGCAGCAGAUUUUGAAAAUAAAUUCAGGUUGAACUUUCAGACGGCAACAGAGACAUUAUGAAACUGCAGGGAAUAUCUUUAGGUGAUGGCAACUACAGCAGAACCAAGUGUCUGAAAAUGUUGAGUUGCUGUUUCAGAACUGUUUCACUUGCAUGCUUUUCAGUUUUUUAAAAUCAUUUGCCUGAAACUCUCAUGAUUAAGUAUGGCUGCAAUCCCAACUCCACUUACCUGGGAGUAAGCCUAAUUGAAUCUAGUGCUUUGGAGCAGAGAUGGUUCAUUUUUGUGUAUGGCAAUAUUACUCAACUUCCAAGAACUUCAUGGCAGACACAAAUUCUAGAAGGGAAGGUUUUCUCCAGUACUGCAUUUCCACCAUGGGCAAAGCAUGUUGAACUUUCAUGUCAUGCAGUUGAUGAGGGACCAGGUGAUUUGCUAGAAAACUAGACACUCCUAAGGGGAACAGGAGCAGAUCAGAUAUCUGAGCCUACUCUAUGCUUUGAAGAACUCCUAGGUUGGCUCUAUCCUUCUUUAUCGUCGCCUCAAAUAGAUGUCAAAUAAAAACUAGAAAUCUUUUUUUGUAAUCUUUUUUAAGUCUCCUAAAAUAAUUUUUAAAAAUGGCAUUAAGUAAACUGGCUGAUAUUCUACUUUGGUUGUUUGGGCCUUUUUAUUCAAUAUUUUAAUAGUACAAAUAAAUGUGGUAUUUGAAUAAUUUCAAAAUAAUAUGAAUUUGCUAAUGAUUCAGUAGUAUAGGAACUCAGUAUUGUUCAACAGAUUUUAAAAAUUCCCUAAUACUAACUUAUUUUUGAAAUGGUUUUAACAUAACUAAUAUGCCUGUCUUCCGUAUACCAGUUCCUUUCACAUAACCAAUUAUCUUUUCAUUACAAAUGGCUAAACUUAGUACCAGCAUUUAUAAAUAUGUGUCCAGCACUAAAGGACUACUAAAAGUGUGGUAUUUUAACACUAAAUCUUUGAAAGGGAAAAGAUUGUAUUGAUUGAUUGUGAUAUUUAUUGGGUCAUAAUGUAUUUAAAUUUUCUUUAAUGCAUAUGUUAGUGAUUGUUUACUGUGAUAAAGUGCACAAAGGUCUCUGCAAGCAAUUCUACAUGGAAAGAAUUACCUCAUGUCAGUGGUCACUUCUCAAUUAAAAGUUCCAUUAGCAGAUGAUUCCAGCUUCUGGUUUGUGUACUGAUUGCAUUUUAUAGCUCCUAAAUCAGGCUUCCUAGACAGGGAAUAAAUAAACAGUUAAAGUAUGUGGUAAUGGCAUCCUGAUCUUCUUUUGCCUUUGGAAACACCUAGGUCCAUUUAAGUCAAUUAAGUUCAGAAUAUUUAGUGGAAUAAAUUGUCAUGUUUGAACUCUUACUGAAAAUGAGUACUCUGCUGAUUUGAAGAUAUUGAUUCCUCUCAAUACGUGUUCCCACCACAUGGAUUAAUUAUAAUUACCUCUGCCCACUUGUUGUUUUUUUAAACAAAUGCUUCAUAUAGAAAAGUUAUACUUCUUGCUGGUAAUUUUAUUCUAAGAACUCAUCUUCAUGAACUUGCAACAGGAUAAUUCUUUUGAACAAACUAAUUCUGGGACACUCGUGCUCUUAAGGGCCUGUGGCUAUCCGUGCAGAGUGGCAAAAAUGCUUCCUUAAUGCGGAUCAUUAUAGGAAAUUGUAGUCUUGUGAUUCUUGUUAUGUGCAGAUGUGUGAAAUAUGACUUUGAAACUUCUGCUUGGAAGAUAAGCACAAGUCCUCCCAUAUCUGUUUGUAGUUUUGGUUAUCUGUAAAAAUGACUACAGAAGCUGCUGGAGAAGUAGCAAAAGCAAUUAAUAUGAUUAUUGUAGAAUAUUUAGAAGCAAAUCUGUGUAAUUGAAACACCAGAGGCCCAUAACGUUGUCCGGUAUGUCUGCUUUUAAUAGAAGUACGUAGCUAUUUUUCUGUUUAAUAUGUGUGAGUAAUAGUUUCUUUCAGUGUAAAAGAGUAAAUUAAUCAUUCAGGGGAUCGUGAAUUUGAUGAAAGGAGCAAUAAAUGAAAUAAAUAAAUAAAUACUGAGGAUUGUAUGCAAUCACUGUGUGAGCUGAAGGCAGUUUCUACAACUGUCUUUUUCUGUUCCCACGCCCACCCCUGAACAGUGGGGCCAUGCCAUAUGGGGACUGCGGUUGUUGUGGAAUUCACGUGAAAUUAAGUGGAGCACCAUUGGGUCAAGAUCCCUCCAUCUGCUUUCAGGUGAUUCGUUUUCCAAUUGCAGUGCCAUAUGACACACACACCCCAUUAGCCUGUGGUUCUGGAGAGGGGUUUGAGGGGUAGAGAGAGCUGCUGGCAGAAGGGGGGGGUGAGUAGAAAAGUUGGCUGUACAGUUUUCCACUUGCACAACCAUUGAAUAUAAGUAUGGGUGUUUAAGUAAAAGGAUAUAACAGUGUAAUACAUCGGGGGAAAUGUGUUUGAGACAGGACAAAAAAGUAUGAUUUAACAAACAAAUAAAAUAGAAUGUUUUAUUUUAGUAUUGUAUUAUUUUUAAAUUGUAAAAAUACCAAGUUUGUCUUAAUAUUCUGCUGUAUAUUAAAUCUGAACAUUAGGCUGCUGUGGCUGCAGAAGAAGGCCAUAUUAGGGGAAUAUUUAAGAAAAAAUAAAAAGUCUGUUAAAUGAUACAGUGGAUGCAUUUGAAUGUCUACAUUAAAUCACAACUUAGCAAGACACGACUGAGCUUCAGCAGACCUCAGACUUGCACGCUUCUUCUCCCAUGUGGUCAGAAUGAGUUCAGAAGCAACCAUCUUAGCUUAACAGCAUUUUGCAUGCUUAAGAAAAAUCGGUACCACAAGCUUCCAAACUUUUCUUCCUGGCUGCAUGGGAGAAGGAGCAUGGAGUGCUCAAGCCUGAUGUAUUUUUAGUUUUUAAAUUUGAAAAUGAAGGACCAAGGUGAGCUUGGCUUGAUCAAAAAACCCCAGAAGUCUGGGCAUGUGUGCACCUACUGCAAUGUGUGGCUUAUUAUAUUUUGCCAUGUAGAAAGAGAAGAGCUUAACUGUGACUAACUUAUCAAAGAACUGCUAUACAUUUCGCAGAUGCCUAUUUUAAAAACUUAGCUUUUACACUAAUUGGAAUAUUAAUUAUUCAUCUCACCUUGUUUAUACAAUGAAUGUUUCUUUUGUCUUUUAUAUUUGGAGAAACUUGGCUAUGGGAAACCGUGCCAUCUUGAUUAUAAUUUUAAUUAAACACAAUCAAGGUGGCCUAAAAAUGUUUUAUAUAGUUUUUAGAUUAAGUUAUAAAUGUUUGCUGUGGAGCUACCUGAAGAUUGAUAGAUCUGCAUUUGAAAAGCAUUAUUUUUAUAUUGAUUCUUAAUGUAGUAAAUUACUAAAGUUAUUUGGCAGCAAACAGAAAUGGCCUGUGAUGUUGUUCACAUUUAUUCUCCUGAUAGCACCACAAUUUGCAUUAAUUGCAUUGCUAGUGCACUCACUUAUAUUAAAAGGCUUCUACGAUAAUUAAUCCUUUUUAUUUCAAAUCAUUUUGGCACAAUUUCCAGCAAUAAACACUCAUAAAAGACAGACACUUGAAAAAUAACGUGCAGGUUCUUUCAAUAUACCUAUUGCUAUUUUCCCUUGACAAGGAGUUAUUGAUAGGCUUCUAGGAGCCAGUGUUAACAUGUGGCUAAGAAUUAAGACCCAUAUGAAAAAUGGUAAGUGGAUUAUUUUGCAUAAAAAAUAGACAGUUCUUGAAUCUGUGUAAUUAACCUGUGUUUAGAAAAUACCUUGAUUUAUGCCUACAUUUGUAUUUCAGUUGCAUACAUUAUGGAAAUUUAAUUUAUAAUCCAUUUAGCUGAUGUGAUCAUAGUGUUUAGGGCCAUCAUUUAUUAGUGCUUGUAUAUUAAAUGCUUUAAAUGCCUAAACCUGACUUGUGUUGGGGGUGGGGAGGGGGAAAAUAUAAGGAUGCAGAAGUAUUUGGUGAGUCAGUGAUUAAAUUCAGCUUCAGAUUUCAGGUAGCUUUGAUAUAUUUACCAAAGUUGUGGAGUGUGUGUGUCUGUUACUAAUUCAGAAUAGCAAACUGUGACCAUACAGAUUGCAAAUUAAUGAUUUACACUUGAAGUUUACUUUUUCAGCUGCACAAAGAAAGGUUUCAGUUUUCAUCCCUUUCCUAAAAAUGCCUCCUUGGCUUUGAUCUUGGUAUUCAUACAUUCUUGGGGCUAAACUGUCACACAGUGUUUGUGUGUGAAGGUAUUUUGAUAGGGCAUCAUUAGGAGAUUUGUGCUUUUUACUGCCCUUCGUGGUUCUUUAAUUUUUUCUUGACCCUGAAUACAGAAAGUUUAUGAAGAUUUGCAUUUGGAAAUAGAAGGAAGGAGCCCCUCUGUGCUCAUAUACAUGCUGUUAAUGAGAGUAAUUAUGGCAGCUCAUCCAAAAGCAGAAACCUAAAGACCUAGAGUGGAAGAGUAUAGGAUAUAGAGCUAAUUACAAAUGAAACAAACAAACCUAGAGUAGCACAAUCUGCAGCUUCCAGUGUUUAAUUGAAAGCUGUCAUUAGCUAUCACUUUAUGGUCAGAUAGAUAGGCGCAUUGUUCUGAAUGUCUAGGUGAAAGCAGUAUAUGUCUACCAUUGAUAAAUAGGGUGGUACAUAAUUCAGUUUAAUACUAUAACAGCCAGUAAAUGCAUUGGAAUUAAGGACUCUUAGCAUAUAGAGCGUGGGGUUGGUGUUUGCCUAUCCAAAAUCCUGGUGAGGUAUGGAAAAGAAAGGCGGUUAUAUUUUAAGGGCCAGAAAACAUUCUAGCAGUGAAUUGACCGAGUGACCCAAGGACAUUGGUUCACUUGUAGGAGAACUUGAAUUUGAAGCUGAUAGAUAGCAGCCGUGGUGCAUACCUACUUUUGAAGACUUUUUCUAACUUUGAUUUUAAUGCAUUAUCGGUAGAUAGCACACUGAUUUUUUAAAAAUGUUCAACCUUUCUGUUAGACACCAGGCACCAAGGCUACCUGAAAAAAAACAACCCCUAACUUUACUGCAUUUAUAAAAUAACAGUAAAACAAUAGCAAUACCCAUAGCCUUGUAAUAUUUCAUACAAUGUAGAUGCAUUAAAAAGUUUGUACACAAUUAACCAUAUGCCUCUCUCGCUCAGGGUUUGUUACUGCAUUUAGCUCUUCUGCCGAAGUGCAGAAUUUGGCAUGGGGUAUGGAUUCCCAUGUUGUGAGAAUCUCUCCUUUCAUGUAAAUAAAUGGGGGGAAGUGGAUACAUGUCUUUUCUGGGUGGAAUCUCAAAAUAUAAAAUGGGGUGGCUGGGUGGAUGAGAGGGGAAUUAGAUUCAGGGCUGGGAAGGUUAAGCACUCCUUAGUUCCUUUGACCCUUUCCAUUACUAGCAAUGGUAAACCAACCAAGUAAACAUGGCCAUACAAAUCCUCAAAAUUUUCAUAACUCAGAAUUCACCUUCGUAUGGGGAGAGGUGGUCCUUGAGGUAUUGCAGUCCUGAGCUGUUUGUUCAUAAGUCAAAACCAGCACUUUGAAUUGAGCUCAGAAACUAAUUGGCAGCCAGCACAGUUCAAACUCUGUUGCCCUGGUGAGUAACCUGGCCACUGAAUUCUGCACCAGCUGAAGUUUCUGAACUGUCUUCAGAGGUAGCCCAACAUACAACACAUUAGAGUAAUCUAACCUAGAAUGGGGCUAAAGACAAAAUCAAAGUUUCCAAUGUAAGUAGAAUUGACUGAAUACACACAGGAGAUAAGCUGCCAUUUAUUCAGUAAGGAGAUGGUCUUUUUCAUUUUGACUUCAAAUAAAAGCAUUCAGGUUUUCUUAUAUAGUGUUUUGGCAACUGUUAAAUGACGGAAAGAGAUUCUCUGCAACUCUACCAUGGCACAGCUUGAUUAAGUCAUUUCUGAGUUUUUAUGUUGCUAAUUACUUUAUGUAUUUAUGAGACUUGUUUUAAUGUUUUUGUUUAUGCAUUUUUUGUAUUGCCUUUUCUGAUACAUACUGCCUUAUACUGAUACAAACUGCCAGAUGACCACUUUUGGUGAAGGGCAAUAUAAAAAUAUCGAAAUAAAAUAUUUACAUGGGAUGGAUGAUAUGAAUGGGGGAACUUGUAUAGCACUCCCAUAGAUGGAGGAGAUGUCUUGCUAAGUUUCUGAAGUGAAAGGACAUAGUAAAUACUUAGCUUCUGAAGUAUAUAAAAAUAAUUCUCAACUUUACAUUUUUUUUAAAAGGCUUUAUAUGAAAAUAUGCUUGUCGAGCUUCCAUUCGCCAGUUUUUUCCUUUCAAAGUUGUUGGGAACAAGUGCAGAUGUGGACAUUCAUCACUUGGCUUCACUAGAUCCCGAAAUGUACAAAAACCUACUUUUUCUCAAGAGCUAUGAAGGGGAUGUGGAGGAACUUGGGCUGAAUUUUACUGUGGUGAAUAAUGAAUUGGGGGAAGCACAGGUAAGGGACUUCGGCAUUUAAGUUCUCAGCAAUGUUUCUAUUCAGAUGUCAUAAUGAUAAAGCAUAUGUUCAUCAAUGACUUUGUAACUUGGAGUCAAAGCAUACAGGCACUCUUUGUAUUGAUACUCAUCAAACUAGCUUUUAUGGCAAGUCACAUAUGCCUUUAGAUACAAGCUUUGGUUGUUAUAGGGGAAAUUAUUACAUAAUUUUUGUAUUUAAAUUAAAAAUGCUUUGCAUCAACCUCAAGUUCUUCAGUUUCAUCAGAAGCACUUAGACAUUGGGAUAUGCAGAGAAUACUGCUUUACAAGUGUCACAAAGUGUUUGCCUGUUUGACUUGCCUGUUGAAUUGUUUUCAUAAAUAGUUGUAGUUGAUGACUCUAAAAUGUUGGUAUGGAAUACUGAAUUUGUAGACAUUCAGGAUGCUAUGAAGGGCAAUUCUACAUGGUAGGUAAUGACUUGAAUAGAAAACCCUAAUAGUGGGUUUUCAAGAGUAUAUGAGCUCGAAUACAAAAGAACUGGACAAUUAGUUCCAGAGGAACUUUGCAUUGUGCUUUUCAAACAGGAGCCCCUGCUAUGCGGCAAAUCCUCACUGAAACAGAGGAGAAUUUGAAAAGCAGUGUGUGAUGCACUAAGGGGGUCCUGCUCAAGCCCUUGGGUGCACCUAAAGUAUCUUGUUGGAUCUCUGCCAUUGUAAUUACUUCUGCUGGGUUCUUCUGAGAAUAUCCUUGUGAAAGAAUUUAAGAAGAACAAUUUCAUAUCUUAAUUGACUGUCUUUAUAAGGAAGCAGUUCAGCUACCAAUAAAGGAAAGCUAUUAUUACUUGGAGAAAAUCCAGUCUCAGACACAAUCCUAAUCAUACUAUUCAGAUCAAGGGGACUUUUAUGUAAAUCCAGUUAAAAGUAGGGUCUUAAAUACAGGUGACCCAUCUGUCCCCCUGAAAGUCUGCUGGAUAUUGGGUAGAGAAGUCCGGUAAGAGGCCACUGUUAAAACAAAGUCAACAAGAGCAUCAGGUACAGUUUAGCCAUUGUACUGUUACUUGCAGAAGAUACUUGUUGCAAUUGGCCACGCCCAUCAACCUCACCCCCUGCUCAUUUUGUCCAUUUUGCUAGUUGAAAACAUUAUGUACCAGAGUCUCGGAUUAAACCACAAUAUCCUAAAUCUGGGUGUAAUGAUAAGUAUUGAGGUAGAAAGUGAGGUGGAUUUCAUUUAGAACCUAGCUUUAAUUCCUGAUGAUUGCUUAAUUGCUUAAUAAUGCCUAAUAAAUGCAUCCCAAAUCUAUCACCAUCAACCACAUUGUUCAUGAUGAACCACAUUGUUCAUUCUUCAGGCCUUGGACUCUGGCAUAGGAACUUGUGUUACAUAGUCAGACCACUGGUCUAUCUAGCUGUUGGUUAUAUAUGCUGGCAGCACCUCACCAGAGUUUAAGAUGUUCUCCCUCUUAGUUUACAGCCCUUCCGUCCUUUCAAAAAACUUAACCGUUUCAAGGAAAACAAAUUGGAAAGUGUGAUGAUGCCGUUGACUUCACAGAAGUGUUGACAGUGUUCAAUCUGUGUUGAUUAAAACUUGGCAAUGGGAAUUGAAUGGUAUAUUGGAGGGCACUAGAACUGCAGUAAUUCCAAAUAAAUGUGUGUUGCUACUGUGCUCGGUAGUCUUGACACAAAAGGCAUCCAACCACAGAGGCCUCCUCCUAGACUAGAAAUGUUUGAUAAUGGAGCAAAGGGCUGCAUUAAUUGGUAAAUCUAGACCUGAGUGUCAGCAGGGGCGGCUUGCCGUGUUUUGCUGCCUGAGGCAGAGCGGGAAGGGGCCGUGCCCCAGAUAGAGCCUCGCUUACCAGUGCAUGGCUUCUGGUGAGAUCUUGUGAGAGGUCAGUAAUAUCUUCCUGGAACCUGGAUACCACAACCUGGGAUUCUGCCAUCUUAAGGGUAGACUGGCCCCAAGUGUCACAUUAGAUUCUGGUGACUGGGAGGUCUAGAACAGGCUUCCUCAACCUCAGCCCUCCAAAUGUUUUGAGACUACAAUUCCCAUCAUCCUUGACCACUGGCCCUGCUAGCUAUGGAUCUUGGGAGUUGUAGGCCAAAAAAACACCUGGAGGGCUGAGGAUGAGGAAGCCUGGUCUAGAAUGUUCUGAGUACUGUAUCCAGUUUCUCUCACACACAGCUCAUAAUGAUUUUCAGCAACAAGGCGGUUGAGCUGUCACUUUGCACCUUGGAAUAUACCAGGCAAGAUCUAGCAUGGCUUGGGGAUACUCCACCUGGUGCCAUUGCUGAGACUUUGCUGUAUCCGAGAUCUUGGGGCCUAUAAAGCACUUCGCUAGCCUGGUUGGGUGACAUCCUCAGCCCCACCUUUCAUACAUGCGUAACGGACCCAGAAUGUGCCAUCAACAGAUACCCACAAUGCUUUUUUUUGUGGGGGACGAUGCAUUUUGAAUUCAGGAAUCUUCUCCAGAAUUUUGGCAGAGUAGAACUGAUUCAUUCCUGGCUCUGCCAAAACUUCACUGACUGGAACUCCUUGCAUUUGCUCAUCCCUAAUUAUAUAUUAAAAUAUUUGUGGUCAGAAUGUUAAGUGUAUUCUUGAAAUAGUUUGCUUCUAUAUUGCAGCUGAAUCUCGCUGAUAAAGCCUCUUUAGGGGAAUGUUGAUUUUUUUAUUUAUUCAUGGAAUAAGUUCUUUUGGGUUUGGGCGUGGUCAAAAUGAAAGGAAAAACAUUUAAAAAGGUAUAUUGCUGGUUUAAAGACCUGUGAACUAUGGCCUGCAUAAUUUUAAAUAGACUUUAUAGUUAUGCCAUCUAGUGGCAGAAGGUGCAACAGAACUCCUGACUAAAUUUAGUUAGUAAGGAAGGACUGGGUUUUUAAUUUUGGCUCAUAUCACGCCGUAAAUGCCCAUCUGCAUUGAUAUUUCUACGUACAAAUAAUUCAUGAGUGAUCAACAGUAAUAUUGGGUGAUAUAUAGGCUGAUAUGCCACCAGAUCGUCAUCAAGGAUAUUAGGAUUUAGGAAGAAAAACAGUUCAUAAGACUGACAUUUAUUUCAUAGAAUAUUUUUUAUGUUUUACAGGUGGUUGAACUGAAGCCUGGUGGAAAGGAUAUUCCUGUCACUAGCGCCAAUCGAAUCUCAUACAUCCAUCUUGUGGCAGACUACAGGUUAAACAAACAGAUCAGGCAGCAUUGCCUUGCAUUUAGACAGGGUCUUGCCAAUGUUGUUAAUCUUGAGUGGCUUAGAAUGUUUGAUCAGCAAGAAAUUCAGGUACUGUUGCAUAGCUCUGUGGUCAAAAUAAUUUAGUAAUAUAAACCUUUGAAAAUCCUGCCUGAAACUAAACUAUGCACCUAUCUUUCCCUAUCUGUUCUAGGUUUUGAUAUCUGGUGCACAGGUUCCUAUUAGUCUAGACGACCUUAAAACUUUCACAAACUAUUCAGGCAAGUAUAUUGUAAUUCAUAUGAUAAAUAAGAUAAAAUCAAAGGCAUGAGCCAGGAAGGUUGAGCCACAAUUUUCAAUUGAAGAAUUAACUGUGUUUAACUUCUCCCCAUUUCAUGGGAUUCAAAUUGGUUCUAGAUUUUAGUUGGAUCAUUUUCCACAUCACAAUUUUAAAGAGCAAUACUUAAAACAACAGCAACCAGUUACAACAAAGUCCUUUAUUGGCUCAGUUUUAUAUUAGGGAGCUCUUGGAUUAUGCCCAGUGCCACAAAGAAGACUGAGAACACCAAAUAGAUAAUAAUGUCAUACAAAUGUACAAUAAUUCAUGAUGAUCAGAAUGCCUAAGAACAUCUGCUACAAUGAGUUUUUAAAGCUACAUUAAUGCUCUCAUAGGACAUGAAAGAAAAUACUCAAAUGUAGUCCAUUUUCAGUAUAUUAUCUUGGAUUUUAGUGUUUCAAAACCUGUGGCAGUCAUUGGUGGGAGACCAUGUCACACUAUGUCUGCUGUUUCCCUUCUACUAAUCUGGGUCCAACCCCAUAAAUUUAAAUAUGCAUAUGUUUAAUGAAAAGAUAGUGAAGGCAGAUAACCUUCCAGCUGGAAACUCUAUAAUUGAGAGUCCUGCUUGCUGUAUUUGGUAUUGUACCCUUUCCCCAUGGCACUGAGGCUCCCAGCUGGGUCUUCUUUCCCCAUAUUGGCCUGGCUCAGACUUGCUUAGUCUUUGAGAUGGAACUAUCCAAGGUGCCUUCUCACUCAUGCCUUUGUUUUUCACCAUUUCUGCUUAAUGUGCAAAUGUUGCAUUGAUUGAGCUCUGUUUUAGAAUGCUGGGCUGCUUCCGAAAUGUGCUGAAUCUUAUGAUGUUGCACAUUUAUUGAAUCCCUGAAACGGCUAAGAUGGAAUGGGGCAUGCCAUUCUGUUGCUCUCAGUACCAAUGUAUCAGGUGGUUCAGAAUAUGUUGGUUCUUUUGCUGGCACAUGUGGGCUAUAUAAUCUGCACAUCUGAUUUUCUGCAGUGAGUACUGUAAGAUGUUUGAACAAAAGAAACCAGUAUUGAGGAAACGUGCAGCAUGGCUGGCAUUAGAUGAGAUCUGAUUGACGCAUUUCAAUCAUUCAGAUUUAUCAGUGUAUCCGGAAUGCACUGUAGCUGUCUCCUAAUAGUAUAUUGUAAUAGCGCUGUUCAACAUUGACACAAUUUGUUUUUCUUUUGGAAAAUUGUAGGUGGUUAUUCUGCAGAUCAUCCAGUAAUCAAAAUCUUUUGGAGAGUUGUAGAAAGUUUCACCGAUGACGAAAAGCGUAAAUUGCUUAAGUUUGUGACAAGCUGUUCACGGCCUCCACUCUUGGGGUUUAAGGUAUCUGUGUUCCUGAAAUUGGCUUAACAGAAGCAUAAUCUGAUAUAUUGCAGCCAUUCCCAUGCUUUAGCACAUUAAGAAAUAAUUGCUGAACAAUUUAAGAAAAAAACCCACAAUAAAUAGGAGUACUCAACAUUUGCACACAACAUUAAGUGCUCAUCAGUUCUUCUGCCUGAUUUUUGGGGGUUCCUCCAUGCCACUGACACAUGGUGAAGUAUUUUCAGGAGACUAGAGUAGAGGGCAUUGAGGGAUUUUGUGUUCUUCAUUGAGUAACUAUUUCUAGGCCUUGAGAAAUAAGGUUUCACUGAUCCUCUGGCUUAUCACAUAUUCUAUGCCGCCCAUCUCUAUUUUUGCAUUUUCUGUUGUGUCUGGAAUGAUUAGUUAACUUCUUGAUAUUGUGAGCUGCUUUGAGUAUGGCUUACCAUUGGGAAUCAGCAUACAUAUACAUGACGAUGUACAGCUUUGUAUUUCUUAUAAGCCCGUUACAGGGACUGUUCCUACCCAGAAAAAUCCUACCACGUAGUGCAUAUUAUUUGACAUGAGGAGCAGGAAAGAUGCUUCCUCCAUUUAUGGGCAAAGAUUCCCAACAGCUGUUACUGCUGUCUGAUAAUUGUGUAGGUUGAUGAAUAACUCCUGUCAAAUGCCAAGAGCUGUUAUUGUUUGCCCACCAAGCUCAGGAAAAUGUACUGUUACCAUGCUGCGCCCAAGCAGCAUAGGAGCCCUGAGAUAAGUAGCAUAAUUCAGUGUGACUAUUACAAAUGCUGUUGCAGUGCUUUUUUGAAGAUGAAGAGCACCAUGUACUGUAAGUAGUAAUUAGUAUUUGCAAUGAAAUAAGUGGAUUCAUUUAAUGAAAAAAAAUAUAUCGAGGGCAGCAAUUAGUACAAAAUGUCUUCGGUAAUUAAUUGUACAUAGCUGCAUUAAAGUAGAAGAUAAUUAAAUGUUACUGUUAAGAACAUAACUUUCUAAUAGCCUGGCUUUGAAAUCUUGUCCAUGCUACAUUGUGGAACCUUCACCUUUGCUAAAGUUAGUUCAGACUCAUUUAGAAGAAUGCAGUAUGUCUUGAAGUACUUUUACUUAUAAAUAGCACAGUCACGACUUGCACUGUUUAAAAAAGGGGGGGAAAUGGAAGCCUUUACUGCCAGCAGCUUCAGCUCACAAUAACAUAUGCUCAGGCUAAUUAAAGUUUAAUAAGUUUAAUAAAUGAGAUUGUUACAGACAAAAAAAAAAUCAUUAAAGUGCAGUUGGAAACUGUUAAGUUCCAAUCAGGUCACACGAUAAAUUGAUGAUGCUUCUCACUUCUCUACUAUUGCAGUUUCCCGUUCCACAGUAUUUAAUUAUUCAACAAAUGGUGCCCUUGGCUUGACAUUUCAAUAUAGAACUUCAUUUUUAACAUUUUUAAAGCUUAAAGUAGGAAAAUUCAAUUAGCAUUUUGAAAGGAACACUAAAAAUACAGCAUUUUAUCUAUGACAUACAUUUUAAGGCCUCCAUUUAAACAAUAAUUUAACUUAAAAUCUCAUUAACCUUCUGGCAUGGGGUGUUAGGAUUUUUUUAAAUUUUUUUUGCAGUUUCUAAAACCAGACAAUCUAUUUUCACUCACCAAAGAAUUUGAUUAAAUUAAUAAACUCUUGUAAAGAAAAGGAGAGCUUUGGAUAUAAUGUGGAAAUGGCUUAGGCACCCCUAGGGUGGGGGUGGGGUGGGAGGAGAGAUCUUGUUUUCUAAGAACUGAGGAAAACCUAUUUUCCUUUUUUGGGGGGUGGGGGAGGGGUAAAACCAUUUUACACCUUGGGAAUGUUCUUAUUUUGUUAGAGGCAGAGUUGUUAAGUAGUUAGAUCAGAGCUUUCCAAACUGUGUGUCGUGACAUGUUAGCGUGUUGGCUGCAGUGUGUAGGUGUGUCUUGCAAACGCUCCCUGCACUUCUCCUGGUGCUGGAAAGGAUUGUUUUCACCUCUGGUUUGCUAGUAAAACUGAAUUACUGUGUCACGAACUGACACAUGUCUAAAAAGUGUGUCACCAACAUGAAAAGUUUGAAAAGCUCUGAGCUAGAUGAAUCGGGAAUAGGCAGCAUGUCUGUGACCAAAAUGUUCCUUCAAAGCACUUUGAUACGGUUUGACAUUUUUGGGAGUACCAGAUAAUAAUCUCUCUGUGUGUUUGUGUGUGUGAGAGAGAAAAAAUGUAUUUGAUUCCUCAGAUGUUAGAAAAUGAUUACUUUCUGCUGAGAGCUGACCUCUGGACUCCACACAACAAUCUCCUCACCCCACCCGCCAUGCUCACAAUGGUGUAACGCAACAUACUUUUUCUCUUUUGCUCAGCUUCAUAAGACAUCUUGAUUCCUGAUAAACACAUGCAAAUUAGCUUUUCAGUGAAUCAGUUAGGCUUUUAACGAUAGAAUAUGUGUUUUGUGGAACAACAGUUGUGUGUUUGUUUUUAAUCUAUGGGCCAAUAAUCACAUUGCUGUGUUAAGCUUACACAAGAAUCUCAAUGCUAAUCCAGUUUUACUUUAACAGAUGACUUCCAUGCUGUAUCAGAAGCUGCUUUUGAAACGCCUCUCGAUUUCAAAACCAGCAUUGGCUGCUUUUAAAGAAAUUCUGCUUCUUCAACCUUUCUGUGGAUCCUGGCCAAAAUCUCAAGCUGGCAACUAUCAUUCCACAACACUGUUGAAUAGUAAAAUUAUAAAAAUGAACUGAUGUGGGCAAAAUACCUCGUAGUUGCCCAUUUCACAUAAAAUUCCACAAUAGGAGGUUAUUGUGACUUCAGAAGCUAAAAUAGUGUAUCUCUUAAUACACGUUUAGGGGCUUCUUUAAGGCUACAAAGAAACUUUUAUUUGGAUUGUUUUUUUCUCCUUGUUUGGAUGUUUGCUCUAAUCCUUGUUUCAUCGUUACAUCUUUUCUCCUGCCCCAGGAAUUGUACCCUGCUUUUUGCAUACACAACGGAGGCUCUGAUUUAGAGCGACUACCCACUGCCAGUACCUGCAUGAAUUUAUUGAAGCUUCCAGAAUUUUAUGAUGAGAACCUUAUGCGAAGUAAGCUGCUUUAUGCCAUUGAAUGCGCUGCUGGAUUUGAGUUGAGCUGAGCUGAGCUACUCUAAUGCUCUGUUGAGGAACUAAUCAGUGCCUACUCCCACACCAAGCAGAUUAAGAGAAUCCCACCUAGGUUUCUGCAGCUCAUCUUUCCUGUCAAAUACUCUCAAGUAGGUUUCAGUUUCAGUGCAAGAUGUUAUUUCUCUGUCAUUCAUUAAGCAUUUAACUGUAUCAACGGUAUCUUACUCAGAUUUCAAAAUAAUGAAGCUGUGUGCAGUUUGGUAGGCUUUCCAAGAAAGAGCAUAUUUGGGGGCACAGUAACAUCAUUUUGAAAAUAACCAAAGAUGAAGCUUUGGCUUUGCGCUGUUCAAAUACAGAAUAAUUCCAUAAGCUGGCAAUAAAGCAACAUACAAAGCAGCCCACGAGGAAUAAACAGGGUGAUGACUUUGGAGAGGGAAGCAGGCAUUUUGCAAGUGGCUCGGAACUGAGAGGCUAAAAGCAGUUCCACUUUUUUUUUCUUCAAGCAGCAGAAAUUGUUUACAAACCUUUCUGCAACUGCAGUUUGUUGCAACUGGGGGGGGGAAAUGCAUUUUUAUUACCGUGGUAGGCAUUGAAAGAAAGCAUUUAUUUCACUUGUGUGUGUGUGUGUUUUUUCAAUACCUUCAGUUAUCUGAAUGGGCAUGCCUGUUCUUCAGUCACUACCUUAACCUGUGUCUUGAUUAACUGGACAUGUUCUUUCCUUCUUCCGUUCCAUUUUCUCCUGUGUGCCUGUAGACUUUUUAAUGCGACAGACUUCUUUGGCAUAUAUAACACAUACGAUAGCUGUGAUUUUGGAAAAGAAAUACUUGUAACAACUAUUAAAAUAUAUUUGAACCGGAAGCUCCAGGCUUUUAAUCUUUUAUAUCUGAAAGCCUGUGGGUGGGUGUUCACAUACCCUCGUUAGCUUUCUCUGUCAGGAAUAAUUGUGGUUGGUGUAGAAACUGGGCUUUCCUUCGUUAUUUGCCAUGAUUAAACAACUACGAAUCCAUUUGCUCAGUUAGCAGUUAGCUGCUUGGACACGGGGAAAGGAGUGCAGCACUGGACUAUGUUUGACUGACAAGGCAAACAUUUGUUUCAUGUGGUUCAGAAAUGGUUAUGGCACUGGGUCAACAUUUGUCUUCACGUGCAAUUCUCAUUAAAUUAUUUUUUUAAUAAUAUAAUUAGAACCUAAAUCAUUAACGGGCAGAAUCAAGUGUGUCCUUUAUUGUCAGUUGGAAAAGGCCUGAGAACUUUUACAUUGGGGGGCCCUUCCACUUCUGGCCUCCUAGACCGAAAGCUAUUUUACUGCUGGGGAAGCUUCUGAAUUUCAUAUUUAAUUAGCAGUAAACAGCAAUAUAUUUUAAAUGUGCAGAAGAGCUCUUGAGUGAUUUUAAGAUGUUUACUAGUGUUAGUACAAAAAAAAUGUAUAAUUUCAUGAUUUGGAUAAGAAAUGAAGUGUUAAAAAUACUAUUUGUAGUCACAAUGUACAGAAAUAAAACAAUUGUUUUCUUUUUGGUUUUGUUCUAAGCUGCUUUAUUUAUGGUAACAUUUACAAUGCCCUGCCUAUUCUGUUCCUGAUAGCUGGCUGCCUGUGUUCUUUUUAUUUUUAUUUUUAUAUAGAUUAUGGAACUUAACACAGAAGGACUAUAGAAACCUUUAACAGGACUGCUGCCUUCUCUAAAAAGCAAAGCCUGGACAUUUCCUUUAAAAAAACACACACCAUUAUUUAUUCUAUAAUCCAAAGUAUUAAAUAUUUUGAAAUUAUUUUUUCAACUGAAUUAAUUUAUUGGAUUAAAAGCUGUCAUGUUUGUAAGUUGUAAAAUGUAAAUUAAACUCUUUUUGUAUUG